AUGGUAAUUGGUUUAAAAUGUAAAAGUAACUUACUCUUUUUAUACAGAAUAAUGAAUUGUGACUUAGUUUUUGCUGCCAAUAAAGUUUUCUGCAUAGCCAUCAGUUAAAUUAAGAAGGUUAAAACAAAACUGUUCAGAAGACUCCAAGAUCAAAAUGAAAAGAGAAAGAAUUUUUUAACUUUUUUAACUUUAACUAAUAUUGAAAUAAAAAUUAUGGCUGUAUUCACAGGGGUGUAAUUAGGGGUUGGCUAGACUGGCCAUUGCCAAGGGGGCAGGCCCAAGGGGGCACAAAAACCAUAUCUCUCUCCACUCUGGCUUGGAGUGGCUAGGAGCAAGCCUGCCCAUCUGCAUGCUCCUUGGGCUGUUCCUCCACUGCUGUGCCAAGAGUGCAAGGGAGCCUGGACACACCUUUGUUUCAACGUACUUUACUUAAAGAUAAUUUUAUGAAAAUGAUGUAUAGGUGGUAUUUAUUUCAAUAUUAGUCUUAAAAAUUAUAAUGAAAAUGUAAAUACCAGACUUCUAGGCAGCUUUUUCACUUUCUUCUGUGCUUUCAAUACAAUAGUUUAUGCAAAUUAUUGCACCGCACAAUGUAAUUCCUUUUAAGACUGUACUGAACAGUAAAAACUCAGCAGAGAGAGAAAUGACUUACAAAUGAUAUUAAACAAAUUAGUAUACAAGUGUUUGACACUGAAUUAGAAGACACAAAAUUGGGAGCAGGGGAAGAAUGACAGACUCAUAAAAGUUCAAUGUAUAUAUCACACUGUAAGAGAUGUCUAAACAGCAAAGAUGCUUGAUGAGUCUGCUGGUAGAGCUUUCCACAGUGUGGGAGUGGCAACAGUAAAUUGUUGAGGCCAGUUCGACUUCUGAGAUAUGGGAGACAAUGAACCAUGCUUCUUCUGACGUUGGAUAUAAGGAUAUAUUCCACAUAUUGAUGUGGGAAAUAAGGGUUCAUGUGGUCCUUAUGAUAUCUUGUGUUGGUGACCUGUGGAAGUCACUUGGCAGUUCACCACACUUCAACCAGUGUGAUGUAUCGGCAGAGUAUGUGGAACAUACGUAGAGACUUCAGAGAUUUCCUGCUCCCAGCAGAACUGCUUCUUCCCUGGUGUUAAGGGGAAAACUCUCCCACACAAAGUAACAAAGUGUUUAUUGUCUCUAAACAAAGCUAAACACUGCUAUCUACUAUACACAAUUCUUCUGGUCUUUGCCCAGGGGUAGCCCCACAUAAAGCGCAUCAAAAGGUAAAGGGACCCCUGACCAUUAGGUCCAGUUGCGGAUGACUCCAGGGUUGCGGCGCUCAUCUUGCUUUAUUGGCCGAGGGAGCCAGCGUACAGCUUGGCUGUGGCCAGCAUGACUAAGCCGCUUCUGGUGAACCAGAGCAGCACACGGAAACACCGUUUACCUUCCCACCGGAGCGGUACCUAUUUACCUACUUGCACUUGGAUGUGCUUUCGAACUGCUAGGUUGGCAGGAGCUGGGACCGAGCAAUGGGAGCUCACCCUGUCACGGGGAUUCAAAGCGCCGACCUUCUGACUGGCAAGCCCUAGGCUCUGUGGUUUAGACCACAGCGCCACCCGCAUCCCUAUAAAGCGCAUUACAGUAACCCAAUCAUGAGGUUAUCAAUGAGUCGGUUACAGUGGCCAGGCUGCUCUGACCCAGAUAGUUGGUGUACCAAACAGAGCGACUAAAAGGUCACACAUAAGGCCAUUUGUGUGCUAGUGACACAAAUCACUUUUGGCAUCUGAUGACAAAGUUUUAUCAAGGAGUAACACAGGCUGUGUACCUACUUCUUCAGAACAGGCAGCUGGCCUAGCUUCUGGACUAGGAAGAGAGCCAAUGUGGUGUAGUGGUUAGUGUUGGACUAGGUCUUGGGGAGACCAGGGUUCAGAUCUACACUCAGCCAUGAAGCUUACUGGGUGACCUUGCACCAGUCACUGCCUCUCAGCCUGGCCUACUUCACAGGGUUGUUGUGGGAAUUAAAUGAGGGGGGAAACCAUGUAUGCCUCCUUGGAAAAAAAGUUGGGGUAGAAAUAUAAUAAAUAAUGGGAGCCACCUACUCACAAAGCCGCCAUCUUCCCAGAAUUCAGACUUAGUAUAUUAGCUUUUACCCAGUCCACUAUUCAGGCACUGGUCCAGAGCUUGCCCUGCUAUUCCUGAUUCAGAUGUUAUGGAGAAAUAGAGAUGUGUGUCUUCAGCAUACUGAAAACACCAUGCCCCCAAACUCCUAAUGACCACUGCCAACAGCUUCAUGUAGAUGUUAAACAGCAUUGGGGACAAAAUUGUGUCUUGCAAAACCCUGUAGCAUGUCAUGGGAUGAACAUGCCAUUCUCAAGACUCGACCAUGCAAGUAGGGUGGCCCUGUUAUUCUUCGUCUCACAGCGGCUUUUGAUAUCGGAACACCUGUUCAAGAUGGCUGCUACAGGGACAGCAUUACAGUGGUUGUUCCUACUUGCAUGGUCGAGUCUUGAGAUUGGCAUGUCCAUGUUUAAACAUCUCCAGAAAUGAUAGACAUUGAGGAUGUUCUUUGAAUGUGCCAGACAAUGUAGAACAUAUUCAUUUCCACUGUCCAUUGUACAAACAGCUAUGCAAAUGCAUGCUAUCCUCUUUUUUUGGGUAGUCUAACAUCACAGCACAACGAAAAUAUCAGAAUCCGUCUGACAUUAACUCGGAAGUAACUGCAAGGGUGGCUGAGUUUUUGUCAAUAGUAUCUCUUAGAGUGGUGAAUGGCACUAUUUAGCAGGAAGAAAUCCCAAUGAAAAUCCCCGUUAUUAUAUAUUUUACAUGGCUGUUUAUUUGUAUAUAUUUUAAAAUUUUAUAUAUGGAUGUGACGGCCUAUACUUGUAAUGUCUAAUAAAGGUUUGGCGAAGGAUGUAGAAAGUGGUUUCUCAAAGAUUUCCUACAAUGUUGUAGCAAAGAACUAAAAUCAAAUAAAUUCUCUAGAAUAUUAUUACAAAAGGGGUUAACUAUUCUCAGUUGCUAGACAUUUCAGUCAUCAAUAUACCAAGGAAUAGUCUGGUGGUCCCCGAUAUAGGUCCAUUUCCAGUUUUGAUCCUGGUCAGGAUUGAAAUGAGAACCAUUUGGGAAUCAUAUACCCCAUUCCAAGCUCCUUGGACAAAUGGUGGGAGGUUACUGAUAAAAAGGAACUGUGCUUUGAAUUCAUUUUUGUGUGUGGAAAAGAAUGCUACAGUUUUCCUUCACGUUACUCAAUUGGGUGGGAACAGAAGAGUAAAUACAUCAGCAAAUAUAAUAUUACUUUUAAUAGGCACAAUGCAUACUAUGUUUCAAAAGUUCAGUGGUAGUAUUUUUUGGUAAACUCUUUGAUGGAAACAAUUUAGGACUUGGUUACACAAUGUGUAUUUAGUUUCUUGUUACUGCAGACUCAGGUCUACAAGUAUAAGGACUAUAAGGCUGCAAUACUAUAACCUGGGAGUAAUAUCCACUUAGUGGGAGUUACUGCUGAGUGGACAUGUAUAAUAAUGUGUGCAAUAUUUUGCUACACACAUAUCCUGACUACCUUGCUUGUGUGUGGAACGAUGAACUCCAUCUAUCAUAGAUUUAAACCCUGCUUUGGUUUUAAUUAUCACUUAUCCUGGCAUGAAAGAGAUGAGUCAAUAUAAGGUCGCUACCUUUUUCCUGAAAAGGCUGCUAUACUUUUAAACAUUUGCAUGAUUGCAAAAAAUCAGCAGAAGAAUGUUUCCCCAACAUUGCAUUCACAUAUGGGAAAUGACACAUCUGUCAAAUUUUCUGCCUGUUAUGUAGAUGUUAAAAGCACAGGAGGCCUGCAAGAUGAACAAAUGGCAGCUAUAGUCAGCAGCCCCUCAUAUUUUCAUGUGGUGUGGAUUCCCUUUCAACUCUUUGAUUGCAUUAAUAAAUCAGAGCCUGAAGUGAAUUGAGGAGUUGUUAUUCCAGGAUGACUGAUCAUGCUUGCAGGUCUUCACAGUAGGUUUUUCAUAGGUUUAUUGCUGGAGCCACAGUGGAAAGUGAAUGUCAUCAGUGGGAGUUCUGUUUUGUUUUUUUCCUGAUUUGUUAGUGUGGGAAGAUUCUGCAGUACCUCUGAGCUUCCUGGGGGAAAUCUGCAGCAAAAGGUCAGUAAGAAUGAUUCUGACAGGAUGGAAAUCCCGCAGAAUGUUUCCCCCUCCCCAGCACUGUGCUCUGAAAGGAGGAUGUUUCACUUUCUUUGCACAAUGCUGUGGGAUCCAAGCUGCUGACACUAUAUUAGACAUUCUACCCUAGUGUGAUUACUAAUAAUUUAUGUAUGGUGAGUAAAGGGGAUUUGUACAUAGGGAGACUGGGAAAGUUUAGUCUUCAUCUGCUGAGGUUGAAGACAGUGCCCAGACUGUCAAGGUAAAAGGAAUUAAAUAUUUAUCUAGUGGUGGGAAUGGCUCUGCAUAGUUGAGAGGAAAGUGGGUGGUUUCUGUAUCUCGUGUGCUAAAAACCCUUCAUUGCCUAGCUGCUGUAGCUAGGCAGCUAGGCAGUAGACAAUCUCAUUGCCACUCCACUAAAAUGGGAGUUUCCUGCUCUUCUAAAGAAUCUGCAUUAGGAACAUGCAAACUGUGCCCCUGGAAGAAAGAGUAACUGUGUACACAAUUCCAGAUUUAUAUUGAUAGUUUCAGACUUUGAUGACAGAAUAUUCAAGGCCAAGUCACACAAGUCAUUUUUGGACUUGUGUGUGGUAAACCAUUUAUCUGCCCAGUUUAUCACAAAAGUACUACCACACUUACCCAAUAUUGUCUUUCUGCACACAGCCCAACAAGAGUGUAAUGUUAAUGAGGCUUAUGGUAAAUGAUUCAGACAGUUUUAUUAUGUGGUAAAUCAAAUCAGGAUUUAAUUUACAAUAACUCUGUUUUAUAGGAUGCUGAUGUGAAAUGGUCCAUAUUAAUGAAUAUUCUCAAAUAUAUUUCAGCCUGUUUCUUUCUAUGGAGAGAGAGCAAUGUAUUUUGAGGACAAUUUGUGUGUUAAGGAGCAUUUGAACCAAUUUUCUUCAGUUAUUCUGAACAACUUGCUUCUGCCUUCUUUCCCAGGAAGUGUGUAGAGAGCUUUGGUGUCUUAGCAAAAGUAACCGCUGUGUUACCAACAGUAUUCCAGCAGCUGAGGGCACCCUUUGUCAGACUGGGAGCAUUGAAAAGGGGGUGAGUUGGAAUGACUUUUAAUUCAAGUUAUCAUGCAAUUGUUUCCAGGUUGUGCAAGACCCAGAAAUGUAUGCUGAGAUAACUAAAAAGAGAUAACAAUUAAAUGUUUGUAUAAGAGUUUCCAGAAUGAAAAGCUUAAUUUAUUCUGUAACUGAACAUACAAUAAUUAACAAAGCAACAAAACUUAGGAUUUUAUUUUUUAAAAAGCAUUUUUAGUAGUGCUUAGGAUUCUUUGUUGUGGUCUCGCUGUGCUACCCCAUAUAUGGAAAUGUGUCUGUAGAAGCCACAGGUAGAACUAUCUAGAAAUUUCUUGGGCAGCUCUAGCCUUCUCCCUUUGCACUUGCUCCAGAAACACUAUUGUUCUAACACAACGUAAGAAAUUAAGGAAACAAUUAUGAAGAUCUUUUUCCUUAACUUCUUAUGCUGCAUUUGGUUUUGUUGGUUCAGGUUAUUUCCCUUCACUUUUUCUUCUUCUGUGCUGUACUCCUAUAAAACUCUUGUAAGCAUUUCUGACAUACUGAGCAUGAGAGAAGAGCUCAGUGGCCAACAGAUCCUGCCUCAGAUUUGAACUUGGAAUUAGUGAAUACCUUAAGGCUAUCUCGGCAUUAGAACUAGUAAAAUGGCAAUGGUGGGGGGCAGGUGCCUGUAUAAAUAUGCAUUCCUAGAACUGACAGAUCGUAUUGCCCAGGAUAAUUAUCAUAAUCCAGAGUUGCUCAUCCUCUUUUCCCACAUUUGUGUUAGCCAAAAUAAUAAUUUCAUAUUCCUCUACAGCUGGUUGUGAACAUUGAAUUGUUGGAGAGGAUAUUCUGCAGGGCUUAGGCAUUCCUUCUGAAUUUAGUGAAGAAGAUCCAGAUCUAUCUAGCCCAAAACCUCAGAAGGGAAGUGGGUUUUAAAGCACCUCAGUGAAACUGACUCUUUGAACCUCAGAGAUUACUGGCCACAUUGUGGUUCCUAUUACUAUUGCAUGUAGAGUCCUCAGAGACUCUACAUUGGAAUAUUGCAGUAUUAACAUACUUCUCUGCUUUCAUAUACUUACUGUAUAUAUUCAGUACAAGCACAAUAUGCCGUUGUCCAGCUGUUAAGAUUAGAUUGGCUCCCAUAAUUCUACAGAACUCUCCAAUUCCUGAAGGAAUUCUUGCUCAAGCUUUCUUUGGUGUUACUUACUGUUCUUAGUGAGUGGAGAACAUGUGUAAGACUUUGGCUACUAAUACAAAUUUGUUGUUCCACCUGCCUUGGGAGUAGAUACUGCUCAAAAACAUCAGAGAUCUGCACUGCAUUCAUCACUAUAGAACAGAUUCUGUAUGGUGAGUAUCUUGCCUUACUCUGCUUCAAACCUAUUUAUCUGCAUCCAUGACUGUAAUGGUAGCUUACACCAUAUACUUAUAGCCUGCUACCACCAGUUUUGAUUUGGGGAAAGAUUGAUAUCUUCCUUAAAAUCUUUUUGAGAAUGAGAAAAAGCUAAAACUAAUAUUUCUACAUUGAAACUUCUUAUCUGGCUAAAUAGCUAGAUUGUGUAGCGUAUUGGUUAGUCUACAACAUGCUUAGAGGUGUGCAUGACUUAGCUCUUCAACUUUAAUUCUCCCUUGCAAAGGUGUACUGUUCAUUUCCAAAUAAGAGGGAAAAUACUGAGAAUACCAGAACCAUGACUUGAUCUUUUCAUCCCAGCUACUUAAAGAGGUACAGGUUAUUUCCAUCUGGUUAUUUAUGCACUUAAUCCUCUCCAAGGUAUAUCAUUAUACCACCUCUCAUUCAAGAAGAGCAGAAUGUUGGACUUCUACAAAGACAGCUAGAGGGGUUAUUUCAGCAUUCUGUACCACAGUACACAUAUACCAAUGGUGGAAUAUUUUUCUAAAAGAACUGCCAAACCUGAUUCCUGUGCCUCAUUUCUGGACUUUUCAAUGGAACUGCCUUCUUGUACUAAGCAUCUCUCAUUAGCAAACCCUUCAAACAACUUUCUACUUGCCACUUAUGUUGGUUUUUGUACUAGGUUAUCUUUCUUGUAGCACUCACAUUGGCUGGAAAAGGAGUAGGAUUUCUGUCUGAUCUACAGUUUUUCAAGAGAAAUAUGUUCCUUACUAUAGAACAAAAGUUCUAACUAAAUGGAGUCUUUCAAUUCCAUACCUUGCCAGUCCUUUUGCCUAGCCCAGACUCUCAUUCAAGUGGGCAAUGCACUCUCUUCCUUUAAUGAGUUUUACCUUUCUGUGUAUCUUGUACUUCAUUUGUGUGGCAUGUACACUUGCAUGGUGAACAAUCAUUUUUACCCUGUGGAAGUUCCAGUGAUCCAGCACCAACAUAGAGAGUAUCCAAGUGACUGUUGAGAACAACUGAGAAUUGCUUUGAUAUCCGAAGCAAAUUUUUGAGUCCCUCUGAGUCUGCAACAUAUGCAAGCUCAUUUGGGUCUUCUGUAGAGACCUGGAGUGUUACUUUGGGUGUCCAAGUGAAAGCAGUUAAAAGACUUAGGGAAGCAAUCUCUUGUAUGCUCACCAUCACCUGACAGUCUGCUACAGUUAACUUUUAGUUUGUGAGUCUGUUAAACUUAGAAUCACUGGAGUCGUUAAAGAAGAAAAUUGUUGCUUUCCCAUAAUUAUUAUUCAAUCUGUUCUCUACUGAUGAGUCUCAAUUGUGGUAUCUCACUUGCGGAAGUAGGACUUACCCAUCUUCCCCUUCCCCAUGCAGUUACCUGUGUUGUCCUUAAAUCUGCUCUAGAGGGUUAUGGAUGUCAGGAGUCUCUAAGAAAUUGCCUUUGCUCCUCUUUUCAUGUUAAGACUUAGUCUGUUUCUUGUCUCAGCUUGGAGCAACAUCCUCUCUGAGAGGGAAGAUGUUGGCUCUAUGCCUUACUUUCUUACAUGACAUCUACUGUGCAAGGGAGAUGAUAAAAUACUAGUGCUUCCUCAUGCCUGAUGCUUUCUGCCAAGUUCUACCUGUGGUCUGGCCAGGGCCAUCCCAGACAUGUGGCAGCACAGAAAGCCGCUUGCAGAACAAUUGUCACAGGUAAGUAGCUUUUUUUAAUAAGCAGUUUGAAACACAAAACAUGCAUUUCCUAUUAUUAUCAUUUUAAAAAUACAGUCUAGUUUCAAGUUGUAUGACAUUGCAUUUUUUAGACUAGCUUUUAGACUCUUAGAUGACCUGCUGAAAUAAAUUUAUUAUUUUCUUUCUUCAAUGAGAGGAGAGACACUUUCUUUGAUAUAUCCUGCCCAGAAAGACUAUACACUCCUUGAAUGCCAUCUGCUAAAGCUAAAGUGUCUUAAUUGUUGAAGUUUUUGUGAGCACAAAACUGUCUGUCUUACCCUAAGUGAUCACUUAAGAGUUUCAGGUCGUCUAAAGCUCAUGAUUUCCUGGCAGCCAAUUUUUCUCCUAGCUUGCAUUAGCCAUCUGCUCUCCUAUUUGCUUUCUGGUCUUUUCUGACAGCCUUUGGUAUUUUCUUCUCUGUAUCCCACAUAUUUUGCUUUCUGCUAAUUCUCCCCUCACCUCCUGGCUGAUGGCCCAUUAAAUAAUGGAAAAUGUAAAUGCACUAGCAUGCAAUGCAUAAAGACAAUUGAAACUGUCACUGAAAGAAGUAACUGAGAAUAGAUUCACCCAACUAUAUUUUUCACGUGAUUUGCAACUAUUGGUUAAUAGACUGCUUCUUUUCAAACCACUAAAACAUACUAGGUGACGUUGGCAUAAGCUAGUUAGAAAAAUUUAUCAAUCAGUAUUGAGAGAGGUGUCAUAUGCAAUAAACUUAUUGCAUGAUAAUUACAGUGUGAGCUGAUUUUUGUGAAUCAACUCUAAAUAAGGAUCAUCUUUAGGAGCCCAAUAUUUUUUAUUAAUUAAUUCUAUUUGUAGAGCAAUUUGGAGUCAAUAGAACUCUAGUACUUACUUUAGAGAUGUUAAGGCUGACCUUGGCAGCAGCUCUCUUGAUAAGUAAAGGUAAAGGGACCCCUGACCAUUAGCUCCAGUUGUGGCCGACUCUGGGGUUGCAGCUCUCAUCUCACUUUAUUGGCCGAGGGAGCCGGCGUACAGCUUCUGGGUCAUGUGGCCAGCAUGACUAAGCCGCUUCUGGUGAACCAGAGCAGUGCACAGAAAUGCCGUUUACCUUCCCGCCAGUACCUAUGCAGGGACUGAGCAACGGGAGCUCACCCCGUCACGGGGAUUCGAACUGCCGACCUUCUGAUCAGCAAGUCCUAGGCUCUGUAGUUUAACCCACAGCGCCACCCGCGUCCGCUCUCUUGAUAGGCUGGUUCAAUUGUUAGCUUCUUGCUGUAUUGCUUAGGCAGGGCAAAAUGUUAGAUUAUCCCAUUCAGGUGUUUGGAAUUCCUGUAAAUAGCGGUAGCUACUAGCCACAAUGGUUAUGCUCUACCUCCACAGUUGGAUGUAGCAAUGCUUCUGAAUAGCAUUUGCUGGAAACCACAGGACAGGAGAGUGCUCUUGUACUCAUGUUCUGCUCCCUGGUUUCCCUCAGGCAUCUGGUUGACCACUGUGAGAACAGGAUGCUGGACAAGACGGGCCAUUGGCUUGAUCCAGCAGGCUAGUCUUACACUCUUGUUUCAUCUUUGACAACUGUUGUUAAAUGAGUAGUUUAUCUGCAUUGUCAGACAAAACCUGAUAUUCUCAGUCUGUCCAACCAUUUAAUGCCAUCCAAAUAUUAUUUAAUAUAUGUGGAUAUAUCCAUUUAGCUCUGCCAAUCUGACUUUUCUCCUGAGUAUGAGACUGUAGUUGUGGUCUCUUUCUCAAGAUCAGUAGAGUAAAUUGUAGCCUAUUAAUCUGAGUUAGCAUUUGAUGACAGUUGUUGAUGAACUAAAAUAGGUACAAUCCAACUGUAACUGACCAUUAUUAUAUAUGCUAAAACAUUCUUAUUAAAUGUUUCAGUUUCUACCUUUAUCAGUAACAGAAGCUUCAUGUCUGAGGAUGGCUUAUAAGAAACUUAUAAAUAAUACAUUUCACAUUAUCCAAAUAGUAAAUAAAGUUUAAUUUGAAAAGCAAGUACUGCAUACAUCUUAUGUUUUCUCCAUUUUUGUUCCCUAGACAAAAAAAAAGAAUAAAAAUAUAUUCUUUCUAUGGCUUCAUAGUUUCAGACAGUUUCAUGUAUUACUUAGCAGUGUAAUCCUAACCAUGUCUACUCAGAAGUAAGUUCUAUUUAUUUCUAUGGACUCACUCCUAUAUAAGUGGGGUUAGGAAUGCAGCUUAGAUUGCAUUAUUAUUUAUUAUUUCUUUCAAGUAUUUGUGCAUUGCUUUUCAUAAAAAGGCGAUUUACAAGGAAAUCAAACAACUAAAUUAAAUACAACAGAUGAAACAUCAUAAAGUAAGGUUCCACUCAUUUAGUACCCACACAAAUUCGAAGCCCACAAACACACCCCGGUAUCUCAGUCAGUCUACACCUGGACACUUUUACCCACACAUACACACAAAUCCCUUACACUCAACAAUUAACAGUCCCAACAAUCCACUGGGUACAUACCAAAAGACUGUACUGUAGCCUCCAAUUUCUUGCACCCACCUGAGAAGUGGUUAGGCUCCAACCACAGUCCUAUGUUCUCACUCUUGGGCAGCACCACACAUCCCCACUCUCAGCCAAUGCCUUGUACUGUAUUUUGAAAUUCCCAAGCACUGACUAUUCCAAUAGGAAAUGAUCCAAAAGCUUUUCAAGCCACAGAAUCUCAGAGAAAACUAAGCUAUUGAAAUAUAUUCAACUGUCUUCAGAGAUUUGCUUUAUUAGUUGUGUUGCCUCAUUAAGUGCAUUGUGUUAGGAAAUUCCUAAAUUAAUCUUUCUUUUUCUCGCUUAUUCUUCAUGAAGAACAAAAGACUAUCAUGCCUGCAGGCCUUUUUACACAUAUGUUAUGUAUCUCAAUCAAGAACCAGUGUUAUACCAUGGAUAAAAUGUCAGACUAGAACAGAGACUAACAUUAAAGUCCCCAGUCAACAGUUGGGCUGGUCUCAAAACUACCUCAUCAGAGCUGUUGUGAUGAUAAAAUGAGGAAACCUCUUGAGACCCUAGGAGGAAGAGCAGAAUAUAGUUGUGGGUGUUUAUGUAAAUUUAAUUAAUGAUGUUCUAAUGUUGAUAGCCACCAUUAGAAAGUGGCAAUUUGAAAUAGCAAUUCUGCUGUAGGCCAUCCAGCCUCUCUUUCUAGUACAAAUGUCAAUAAAUGAAGGAAGACUGUUGGAAGAACACAGCAUCUUAGCUAUUUAAUUGCUUUUUAACCAGUGCUUGAUAAGGCACUGGCAUCUAGUCUUUUAUUAAUAAGACUCAAUAAAUACAUUUUGUAUUCUUGUAAAAUAAUAGCAAUCAGUGUACUUUUAUUUUGUGAAUAAAAUUGUGAAUAUUUUGUGCUGCAGUGAGGAGGAGAGUUAUGGGCAUAGCAAGAGGAUAAGCAUACAAUUACUACUUGGUUGAGCAGGCCGUAGUUUUAUUGCCAACCCUGCUUCCAAGAGGCAAGAGAUACAUACAUCGUUGCUGCUACCAGAGACCAAAGGCCCAGUUGAUGUGCUUUCCCAGCAACUAUUGUUCUCCCCUCCCCCAGGGAACUGUUCUUUAGUACUGUACUUUAAUGCUGUCAUAGAGAAAGUGCAUGUCAAUAACAAAUAUAUUCAAUCACAGUUAAGCUUAAAUAUGCUUUUACAACUGGAUGAUCCACUAGCAAUGACCUUGAGCUCUGACUAUGGUUUUUAAAAAUAUGUUUUGGAACCACUGGAGUGGAGAGGCAUGUAGCUUAGAAACCUUCAUUCUCUCUUGAAAAGAACACAGGAAAUUUCUUUGGUAGCAUCACCUGGAACCUAGGGCUGUGAACCAUUUAGGAUAUUUUUAUUUAUUUGUCCUUCAUUUAAUUAAGAUGUGAUGAUUAAUUUUGAUUGUAAAAUCAAGGCAUUUUUAAAAAUUAAGUAUUAUGUCUGCCCUACUCUUACAUGGGUGGCGCUGUGGGUUAAACCACAGAGCCUAGGACUUGCCGAUCAGAAGGUCAGCGGUUCGAAUCCCCACGACGGGGUGAGCUCCCGUUGCUCGGUCCCUGCUCCUGCCAACCUAGCAGUUCGAAAGCACGUCAAAGUGCAAGUAGAUAAAUAGGUACCACUUCAGUGGGAAGGUAAACGGCGUUUCCGUGUGCUGCUCUGGUUCGCCAGAAGCAGCUUAGUCAUGCUGGCCACAUGACCUGGAAGCUGUACGCCGGCUCCCUCGGCCAAUAAAGCGAAAUGAGCGCCGCAACCCCAGAGUCGGCCACGACUGGACCUAAUGGUCAGGGGUCCCUUUACCUUACUCUUACAUGUAGCUUCCAGUGGUCUCCCAUGCAGAUUGCUGAUCUGAUCCACAGCUGUGCAGCUUCAUAAAACAUGAAAAUGAUUCUUGAAGGUAUAUUUGAGUCAAAUGAUCAGGAAGUCAACAUGUCAUUGUAAUAUCCCUUCAGUGCUGUAUAAAUAAUGCACUAGACAUGCUGGCCUCUCACUAAAUGGAAGCCAUUGUUUCUGUUUUCUUAUUGUGUUAUUAUUACCUCUAUUUGAAUUUAAACAAGUGGCUUCCCCUAUCGAAAUGUUACCAUAUUCAUAGCCAACCUGAAUGAAUACUUAACCAUAUCCAGCUAACUGAUACCAUGUCCAGUUCAGCCCUGCUAGUGCUCUUGUAUCCAAAUACUUUAUAGUACCCAAACUAAAAGUAAUUACAACAUGCCAGAAAAGUGGGUAUUGUAAGUAGUUUCAGGUAAUGUGGUUGAAAAUGAAGGCUCAAGCUUCACUAAUUCAUCUCAACAUCAUUCCCAUUUUUCCUUGAGCCCUUAAAAGUUUCUGGACUUGCACAGGUUGGAGAGUAAAAUAAAGAAGGUUCUGCAUUAUAUAGCUUCCACUUCAGCACACAUUAAUAGCUCUAACCUGACUGCUGCUGUGUUCUUUUUUCUUUUGUAAAUUGUGCUCAGAACAUGGGUAAGAAACAUCCUUUUUCAGUGCCAUUAAUAACGGUUGGAUCUAGGCUAGCGAUGCAGUUCUAUGCGUAGGUAAAGGUAAAGGUACCCCUGCCCGUACGGGCCAGUCUUGCCAGACUCUAGGGUUGUGCGCUCAUCUCACUCUAUAGGCCGGGAGCCAGCGCUGUCCGCAGACACUUCUGGGUCACGUGGCCAGCGUGACAAGCUGCAUCUGGCGAGCCAGCGCAGCACACGGAACGCUGUUUACCUUCCCGCUGGUAAGCGGUCCCUAUUUAUCUACUUGCACCCGGAGGUGCUUUCAAACUGCUAGGUUGGCAGGCGCUGGGACCGAACGACGGGAGCGCACCCCGCCGCGGGGAUUUGAACCGCCGACCAUGUGAUCGGCAAGUCCUAGGCGCUGAGGUUUUACCCACAGCGCCACCCGCAUAGUUACUCAGAAGUAAUUACCAAUGACACUUACUUCCUAAUAAGUGUGUUUAGUAUUACAGCCUAGUUCUCAUUGAAAUUCAUAUACAAUUUUGUUCGUUUAACCUAGUGUAGAUCCAGCCCAUGGUCAGUAUUGCUUGACAGUACUGGUAGACACUGUGGUUUGCUCCAGAUGUUGUUGGACUACAACUUCCAGUAGCUCAGCCAGGAUGGCCAGUGGUCAGGGAUUAUGGAGGUUAUAGUCCAACAAUAUCUGGAAGGUGCCACUUUGUCUACUCCAAGUUUAGAUCAAGAUUAUUGUAUCAAGUUGGGUAUUUUUACACACACACACACACACACAGCCCAAAUCCAACCCAGAUUAUUUAUUAAAAGAUAAUGUGAUACUGUUUUGUACCAUAUCUGUGAUAAGGUAAAAUUCAUGUUCAAAUUUUACUGGAUAUGGGCAAAUGUCUCAUUAUUUUGAUAGGACAAAUGGUUUCAUUUUCUGUAAUAUUCUUCUCUUAUUUUCUACAGUGAAACAAGACAUCCAAAUUUGGGCUUAAAUCAGGACUGUAGGACUUGGUCUAAUUUGAUAUGAAAAAAAUAUUCCACUCAAGUUAAAGCACAAUUUGUCUCAAAUUAACUCAAUGCCCUAUUGUAAAAGAAUAAUAAUAAUCCAGGUUAAAUGCUUUGCUGGUAUCUGUCUUAAAAUUUCAGUUCAUAUGUUCAUUCAGUCUCUGAACAACUGGCUAGUCAGUAAGUUUAAAUACUUUUUUCUUUGUUUCUAGUGUCUUGGCAUUACUUUUAUUAUGUCUGCAGUGUAAGUGUAGAUGAAAUACUGCUUCAAAUUCCUCUUCUAUUGUAACAUCAUCUAUACUUCAGUGUUUUUUUAAAGGAAAAGCAAUAACCCUCAUAAAAAUUCCUAACUGGAGAAUUUUCCAUGUUGUGCUAUUAAACCAUUAGUUGAAAUAUAGGUGUGAGUUUGUUUCUUAAACACUCUUAAAAGUAUACGUAAUGUCUAAAGAAAUGUUUCAGUAACUUGCAGUUUAUUUAAAUGAGAAAUGGUAAGCUUGUGUAUGAAAAGAAAAAUGCUGUCUUGUUAAACUUUUAUGUAUGGUAGGGAUUUAUUAUUCGGGCUAAGCCUAAAGAUAAAUAACAAAUAGCACUUGCCUUCACCAAUGACUAAACAUGGCUAAAGAAAUUUAAACCUCUGUAUGUUAUCUAUACAAGAAAUGCUGUUGCCUAUAAUUGGUCAGUUCCUGACCCAUAUAUUUUGCUGUCCUGAUAAUCCUAUCAGUUCAAAGCUAAUUCUGUGUUUUCUAUGAAAUCUUUUCAGUGGUGUUAUCAGGGAGAGUGCGUACCUUUUGGCACUUGGCCCCAGAGCAUAGAUGGGGGUUGGGGUCCCUGGUCAAUAUGGGGAGAGUGCAGCAGGACCUGCGGGGGAGGAGUCUCAUCAUCCGUAAGACACUGUGACAGUCCAGCGUAAGUAGCUAAAGUAAGCCAGAGCCAGCAAAAAAGGCAUAUUUGGAAAUGUUUCAAAAGUGUGGUUUCACAUGUUAUCUGUAAAAACGUUUCAGUACUGUGCCAAUACUUGUCUUUAAAAUAGCAGACAGGAUCAGCUAUCCUGGAGAAGCUUUGCAGACAUACUUUCACAUUUUUAAAUAUAUGCAUUAAGCACACGCUAUACAAAUAGAUUCUAUAUUUAAUAUUUAGCAGGUAAUUUUUGCUUCUCACAGCUUCCAUUUAUGGAAAACAAACAGUCAGUAAAUUCUACUUAUGGUAAUUAAAAGUUGUUUCAGGUGUUCAUUAGUUUUUCAAACUUAAGGUUUUGAAUAUUUGUCCCUACAAGACAAUGGCCUAGUUUGCACACCACAGGAACAGGCUAUUUGAGAACGUUUUAGCUGCUGGAUGUGAAAGUAAUCUAUACAAAGUACCCUUUGGAUUCUCACAUCACUUUAAAGCCAACUGAUUUAAUGCAAAGUACACAACAAUUUCCACAGUGCUCAUCCGCUGCUCCUUCUGCACCAUGGACCAAACAAACCAGAGCCUGGCUUGUACCCUUUGGAUUCUCCGAACCCAGACUUGCAGUUUGUUUCCUCCAAACUCUUAAGAGUUGUUCAGAGAACAUUGUUGCCUGUAUUCUGGUGUCACAUCUCCAAACUAUUAGGUCAUUUGUGUCCUCUCUAUUCAUAGCUUUGUCAGUUGCAAGCAAAGCUUUUAAAAGAGACAUUUUUUGGCUCAGAGCUCCAUAUAUAUGCACACAUGCACAAUUGGUUGAUUUCUGAGAACUGCAAAGUAUGCUGAAAAACUGAUAAAAGCAAAACCAUAGUAAAGGUUGCUGCUCUUCUCCAAACAUAACAUUUUAACACUCUUUUUACUAGCCUGUGUUUCACAGGCAAUUAUAGACAAGGACAAGAGAUCUUAACUUUACAGUCACAGCUCUACUACCAUCCCCUCUCCAGCAUUCAGCACUGCCCACUGAAAUCAAUUUAUCUAACCUCUUCCUUCCUUUUUUGUCUAAUGACAGAAGUAUAUUAAAAGAUUGUUGAUGGCUCAGCUACAUUCCAUAAGGGAAUUAAAUUAAGAGAACACUGCAAGAGGACCCUUUACUCCCCUCUACCAAACAUCAGAUGACAGGUGUUUCAAAGUAGCUGCUGGACACUGAACUGCCUUUGAGGCCCUUUCAGAUAUUAUAAACAUAUUAUAUUACAUAUAAACACUUUUGUGUAGGAAAAUCAUGAAGGUAUACUAAUCACAAAUAGGCACAUGCAUUAGAAAAUUGAACAUCACUGUAAAAAAAAAGCCUGCAACAUUUUUAUGUGGUUGUCAGAAAGACCAUAUGAUAGAUGGGGUUCACAGAUUCUGAACAUAUAAUUAUUGGGGGGGGGGACUUUACAUGAGUCUAACUUGAAACAUGCCCCAACAUCUUUAUUAGUAAUAGUCUAUUCUUCUUUGUCUUUCAGUGGGACUUCAUGCUCACUUUGGCAGUUGCUUUCUUCACAAAGCCUUUUGUAGUAAAAAUCAUAAAUACAGGAUGACUCACUCUUGCAGUCAGGUUUAAGAAAGAUAUCGUCACAACUGGCUAUCAUUUUAUGUAGGAAAGUAAUAUGUAUAUUGUUAUACAUAUGACUGUCAAAAACUAAACCAUAGGACUGACUGAGCCUGUCUCCUCUCAUUGGCAUAAGUUGGACCUGUGGAAGCUCAGCAGUGGACCUCAAGGGGGUCUGUCUCCGUGCAGCCAGAGGCCCUUCUGGAUUCAUAACUGCCCUGCAAUCUUUUACAUUGUAUCUUCUUCCCAUAAUGGCUGUGUUUGUAUUUCCUUGCUGCUCAUUUCCUUCCACUCCUUCACUGUUCCUAGAUAACCUGUGUUUGCAUCUACUCGCUGCUGCUUUGUGCCUUUUUGCUCAUAACACCCCCCACACACACGCACACACAAAAGAGCAGCAUGAAACAGCUUGACUCACAUAACACUACCUACUCCAUCCUCCUCCAGUCAUUCCCAAGCUCACACUCACAUGGAGAACUCACGUGAACUGACUGAUUGCAGACACGGCCAGCAUUAAUUCAUCUGAUUGCACUAAAUGGAAAAAUUGCUGCAAUAGUGGAAUAUCCAUAUCCAUGACUAGAAAACUUUAACAAUAUGUUUCUCCAUAUGCAUACAUGCCCAUGCUUGUGCAGCAACAACAGCCAUAUAGUUACUUGCCCCAGGUGAAGAAGCAAUACAGCUCAAAAAAGAGAAAUUGGGAAGAUGGAACAGCAAAAAGGAAAGGAUGAAUGGGGACAUGGAGAAAGUAGAAAUCUCCUGAUGUUGAUAGCCAACCAGGAAAAACAAUGAUGGACUCUUCAGAGAAAUAACCUUCCUAUUAAAGAGGAAAUGAAGCACUGUAUCUGGGUGGAACAUUACCCUAUGUGACAAUCUUUGCGUUUUGUCCAGCCCACAAAGCUCUUGCAUGCUGACCCAUAUUAUAUGAGCCAUGACUUGAUUGCAUAUAUAGCUUUUAUACUAUUGCUGGUUUGUUGUGCAACCAUUAUUCCUGCUUUGAGUGGUUGCAAUAGAAGGUGUGGACACAGCCUAGAGCUUUCUGGGAUCCAGGUUUUGCAGUCCAGACAAGUAAACAUGUCAUUGUGCUAGCACCAAAUAUGACAAGAAGUCGGGGCAAAGAGACCUGAGGUAAUUCAGGAUAGAACCUUGGCAAAUUUUCCAAAUGACUGCAACAGCAGUCAUUCCCCAAGUUUUAUGUUCUGCAGAAGCACAAGUUAGUUCUAUAUUGAGCGACUUCUUGGCUGGAGCCAACCUUUGCUACUGUGUUUCUGGGAGGAUUGAUGGGUAACAAAUGGAAAACACUAUAAAUCAGCAACAAAUUAAGAAUCAAAUUCUGCUGAUCAUUUUCUAAUGUUGUAUGGCUUUUUUAAAUUGUAUUACUUCUGCUGUAUAUUUUAUACAUAUUUUUGGUUUUCUGUACACCACUCUGAUAUAUUAUAAUGUGAGUGGUUUAUAAAUCUUUUUAAAUAAAAUAGAAAAAAUAUGUUUAAAUUCAGACAAAUAAGCUUAAAGAGGUCAGGAGUAAAUUGAACAAAAAUACAAUACUGAGUAAAUCCUGGAUAGCCACAGUCUGAAAUUUAAUUCAAGACUGUUAGCUUCUCCCUAGGAGCUCAUUCCUCCUUCUGCUAUGCUUCCUCACUAUUGUAAAGUACCAGUUAAACUUGCUUGAUAUUCUCUGAAUCUUCAUAUCCCAGUGUCUAUUCUACCCAACAACCUGCUUUUUUCCCCCAGUUCCCUAAUAAUCCCUUCCACUAGAUUUGUCCAUAUAUGGAAAAAUUGGGCAAACCAAAGGGUGUGCAUUCUGAACAUCUAUAGCACCAAGGGCUGCAAUACUUGACAGUACCUCGGUGAUUUUUUUAAAUCUUGAAAUGAAACAAACUGUCUUUUACAAAUCAGAGGCAUUCUGCUUGCGCAGUUUGGCAACAGACUAUUUGACUAUUACAAACCCUUGAAAAUACAGUAGCAAAUGGCAAUUCAUCAGGCUUUUUGGAAUAUAGCAGUUCUGUUUAAAUUCAUGUUCUCCACUCUAACUUUGUAAUACCAACUAUGUGCUGGGACAUUUAUAUUUAUCCAUUACUUUUGUUUUAUUAAUGUCCAGUAAUAAGCAAUUACACUUUCACAACCCUGCUUUAGGAUUCCUUACAUUUGUCUUCUAAAAUGCAAUAUUGUCUGUGUUCAAGCUGUUACACAAAUCCUUUAAUGGGAGAUUGGGCACUGCAUCUUCCUCUAUGCUUUGAAGAACUUAGACCUCUAUGCUUUAUAUGGCAUGGCUUUGCAAGGCAGUCUGGUCUUUAUCUCAUUGCUGAACUUUAUAGGACUGGACAUUCCUUUCUAAUCUUCACCACUGCAGAGCCCCUGGAUAUUUGGCUUUUAGAGUAGUCUGACUGAUUUCAGUGAAUACACACUGGUGUAAUUUUUUUCAGGAUCUAUUCCACAUCAGCUGCUUACAUAAUAAUAGACUUUUCUACGAAACACCAGCAUUCGUAGGUACUGGAAUAUAUGUGUUAAGGCAUAUCUCAAAUGUUUUAAUUCAUAUAUAACAUUUAUACAUUUAAAAACACAAUGGUCAAAAGAAUUAUACUUCAGUCCAGCUAGAGUACUUCAUUUUCUCCUCUGUGCAAAGAAAACCACUCUAGGUGAGCAGGAACAUGGUCUUUACCAAUUUUUAACUUUGCACAGAAGAAAACAAGAAAGCUCUUUUGCAUAGUUAAGUGCUGUGCAUAUUUUCUGACCCUUUGGGUCUCAACUAAUUUCAUUUAACAACAAUGGAUACAUUUAAAUGCAGGGGAGCACUUUUGAAUCCCAUAUGCUUAACUUCUCCAUUGUAGUGAAUAGGGCAUAAAAGUGCAAAUUGCCUGGAUCCUGUCCAUUAUAUUCAGCAUUUUAAAAUAUUAAAAUAAAAUCACAUUUUAUUUUAAGUAACAAAAACUCACUAAAAUUGCAUGUUACAUGGUUUUGAGAAUCAUGUUUAUCAGCAGAUAUUGCAACCAUGUGAUACCUUGCUUGUGUGACCAGAAAUGCCAUAUUAUUUCAUAACAUACUAUAUAACACUUUAAGUAAUAAAUGGAUGACAAAAGACCAGUCUGGAUAAUACUUGAGUCCUAUUAAAUCCUAGAUAACUACUCCCCAUCUAGUCAUGUAAUAACGCCCUGAUUAUUUUCAAAUAUUAGUAGCAACGGAAAAGAAUAGAAUUUUACAAACUCUCUUAUAGUUAAUCAUAUAAACUUAUCUUUAAUUUUGUUUAUAUGUCCUCUGAAGUCUUCUAAGGCUGCAAUCCUAUAUACACAUACCAGAGAGCAAGUCCCAUUGAACUUAGUGGGAUUUAUUUCUGAGCGAACAUAUAUAGGAUUGUACUGUGAAUUAUUCAAGUAACAUUUGCUUAUAAUGUGUGUGUGUGUGCUUAGGAUAAUAGCCAAGAUGAAGAACACUACCUUAAACACAUACAAAGAUUAGCACUAGUCUAGUGAGGUUUUUGAACACUUAUUGUUGUCAAAUUGAAAUAAUAAUCAGGAACUCUGGUAUUAGAGAAUAUCAGCUUGACCCUAGUAAUGAAAAGCAGUGUUUCCUUAAUUUUGAUUCAUCUUAGUAUAAUGCUAAAACUUCUGCACCAGCAAAUAAGUGCUCAGAUCUAGAAGUAAUGACUUCCACUAACAGAGUGUUACAAAUGCUGUGUCAUGGUGGGUUUUUACUGGUACUGCCUACUGGUGGCAAAAUAAAUGUUUAGAACUUGAGUAUUAAUUUAAAACAUUAGUAGAAUAUAUAACUUUGCCACAUUUUUUCUGCUUUUGGUGGGAAUGAUACAAAAAUAGAAGAAAUUGUGUUUUACCUUCCUUUUCUGAAGUGUAAUUUUACAAAUAUAUUUGCCAGCUGAGUUUGUAUUAAUGAAAUGUGAAGUUUUAAAAAAUAUACAGUAUCAUCAAUUUGUAUUAGAAAAGAAUUGUGGGGGCAAAUGUCCUGUAGUGUGUAGUUUUUUUAUCAUUGCUUACUUCAUAUGUUACAUAUGCGUAAACUGCAUACAAUUUUUUCCAGACCGUCAGGUGGAGGAAAAUAUUGCCUUGGAGAAAGGAAAAGAUAUCGCUCCUGUAAUACUGAUGUGAGUAAUCCAAAGUUAAGCUAGAAUCCAACAAUCUUAGAUGAGGAGGAGGAGGAGAAUUUAUUUAUUAAAUUUGUAUACAACCCCUCAUCUGAAGAUCUCAGGGUGGUACACAAGAUACAAACACAAAACACCAAAACAAAACAAUAACCCCCCUCCUACAAGCACAUUUAAAAGGAUAUAGUGUAUUAAUCAACUAAUGGUUGGGUUGAAGACGAAUGUUUCUGCCUGGUCCUUAAAAGUGUAUAAUGAAGGUACCAGGUAAGCCUCCCUGGGAUGAACAUUCGACAAAUGGGGAGCCACCACAGAAAAGGUCCAUUCUCAUAUUGCCACCCUCUGGGCCUCUUGUGGAGGAGACUUACAGAGAAGAGCCUCCAAUGAUGAUCGGAGGGUCUGGGUUCAUUAGGAGUAAUGUAUCUUGCCUUUGAGCAAUAGGUGGCAUCCUCAUGUCCAAUCAGAAACACGUUUCAGAUAAGACCAAUGGUUCAUCUCCUUGUUUUCAACCUUAUGCUGGUGGUGCACAUAUGCUGGUACAGGAAUGAACUGACAUAUCCUCACUGCUACACUGGUGUAAUUUCACUGUUGUAGUGGAGCUUCCACUAUAGUUCUUCACAUGAUGUACCUCAAGGGUAGAAUUUUACUCUUAGUGCUGCUUGAUAUUUCUAUCUUCCACUUUUAAGCAUGAAGGACUGGGAGACCAGGGUUCAAAUUCCCACUCGGCCAUGAAGCUUGUUGUUGUCACUGAGUUGUUGUGAUGAGAAAAUAAAGAUUGAGGAGAACUAUGUACACCACCUUCAGUUCCUUGAAGGAAAGCAGGAUCAAUCAGUUAAGAAGACAAAGUACAUUCAGAUAAACAGUUAAAAGCUGCAGUCAUAUCUAAUACUGAAAUACUGAGAGCAAGGUUAAUUAUUUAAAUUAGGAAAGGCAGAAAACUGUGUAACAAUUUUUCUCCAUUGUGCUUUUUGCUGCAUUUUAAAGGUAGUAUACAUGAAGCUAUCCAUAAAGUUUUGAUUAUCAACAGUUCCCUUCAGAGAUUGCAUUCCCAUUGUUACCUUGUUACCCAUUGUUACCCAUUGUUAGCUUGUUGAGGGCUGGAAUACCCAGCUCCUGGCAGCCAUCGAUGAGAUCGCACCUAAGCGCCCUCUGCGACCCCGCAGAAACCGGGCUCCCUGGUUUACCGAGGAGCUUUGGAAAAUGAAGCGGGACGGCUAGAGCGAGUAUGGCGGGGUGCCCGUGACGGAGCCUCAAGAACAUCUUACAGGGUUUUUAUGAAAACCUAUGAGAUGGCAGUGAAGGCCGCUAAGAAGUCUUACUUCUCGGCCUCCAUUGCAUCCGCUAGCUCUCGCCCGGCACAAUUAUUGAGUAUAAUUAGGUCUUUAAUGUCCCUUGAAGGACAGCCAAAUUUAAAUAACAAUCUGACACACAGCUGUGAGGCAUUUGCGAGCUUUUUUGCGGAGAAGGUCCUGUUGCUCCGCCAUGACCUCCCAGCCAGUUUGGAUACAAUAAAGGAACUGGAGGCCCCUCGACUGUCCUCGGGUCCAGUAUUGGACCACUUUGACCGGAUAUCCCCAGCCGAUGUGGAAAGACUCCUCCGAGCUGGAAAGCCCACCACUUGUCCUCUUGACCCGUGCCCGUCUUGGCUGAUUAGAGCGUGUCCAGACAAGGUGCGGGCCACCCUGGGGGAUAUCAAUUUGUCCCUUGGCACCGGGAUAUUCCCAGGGGAACUGAAGGAGGCAGUGGUGCGCCCGCUCUUAAAGAAAACAUCAUUAGAUCCCUUAGAUCUAUCCAAUUACCGCCCGGUUUCAAAUCUUUCAUUCCUGGGUAAGGUGAUUGAGAGAGCGGUUGCUGAACAGCUUGGCAGGUUUCUGGAUGAAACAUCGGCUCUGGAUCCAUUCCAGUCCGGCUUCCGCACUGGUCAUGGGACCGAGACGGCUCUGGUCACCCUAAUAGAUGAUCUCCGCAGGCAGCUGGAUCGAGGCGGGCUGGGGCUGCUGAUUCUUCUAGACCUGUCAGCAGCCUUCGACAUGGUCGAUCACGAACUCCUGGACCACCGCCUUGCCGACGUGGGGAUUCAGGGCACAGUCCUUCAAUGGCUGCGCUCGUUUCUCUCUGGUCGGGGACAGAGGGUGGCGCUUGGGGGGGAAUUGUCAUUGCGCCAGUCCUUGGUGGGUGGAGUGCCUCAGGGUGCGAUUCUCUCCCCGAUGCUUUUUAACAUCUUUAUGCGCCCCCUCGCCCAGCUUGUCCGGAGUUUUGGGCUGGGUUGCCAUCAGUAUGCCGAUGACACCCAACUCUAUCUGUUGAUGGAUGGCCAUCCUGACUCGGCCCCAGACACACUGACCAGAUGUCGGGAAGCUGUGGCUGAAUGGUUACGUGGAAGCCGGUUGAAGUUAAAUCCUUCGAAGACAGAGGUCCUCUGGCUGGGACGGGGCGAUAUGGGAUUGAGGGGGCAACUCCCAUCUCUUGCGGGGGUGCAAUUAGUGCCAGCACCAUCCGUUAAGAGUUUGGGUGUAAUCUUCGAUACCUCCCUCUCUAUGGAGGCGCAGAUUACAGCUAUAACAAAGUUGGCCCCUUAUCUCUCUCGCCCUGACCUAGCCACUAUGAUCCACGCGACGGUCACCUCCAGACUGGAUUAUUGUAACUCGCUCUACGUGGGGCUGCCCUUGAGACUGACCUAGAAACUCCAGCGGGUGCAGAAUGCCGCGGCGAGACUCCUUAUGGGGUUUUCGCUGUGAGAUCACAUUCAUCCGGUACUAUACCAGCUGCACUGGCUCCCGGUGGAGUACAGGAUCAGGUUUAAGGUGCUGGUUUUAACCUUUAAAGCCCUAUACGGCCUAGGACCCUCGUACCUACGGGACCGCAUCUCCUGGUAUGCCCCACAGAGGAACCUACGGUCUGCAAAUAAAAACAUCCUGAAGGUCCCAGGCCACAGAGAGGUUAGGCUGGCCUCAACUAGAGCCAGGGCUUUCUCGGCUGCGGCUCCAAUCUGGUGGAACGCUCUGUCACAAGAGACUAGGGCUCUGCGGGACCUGACAUCUUUCCGCAGGGCCUGCAAGACAAGAGUUGUUCCACCAGGCCUUUGGUCAGGGCGCAGCCUGACUCCCUCCUCUGGCAACCUGCACAGAAUUUUGCUUAACGGUUGCCAUCAAUUUGAUUUUAAUUAAUUUUCAUUUUAUAAUGAAAUGUUUUUAGAAUGUUGGAUUAUUUGAUUGUUGGAUUAUUUGAUUGUUGUUAGCCACCCUGAGCCCGGCUUCGGCUGGGGAGGGCGGGAUAUAAAUAAAAUUUAUUAUUAUUAUUAUUACCUUUGGAGUAAAGGCUAAAUUCCAUUUACUAUUAUGAGAAAAUGUGAAGGGAGGAAAAAUAAUAUUUUUAAUGAACACUCCUUUUAGAUCUUAAUAUAGUUAACAUUUUAUCAUAUCAAAAUAUAUUAAUAAGUAUCUUCUUAACAGUGCCUCGUCUGUAUUUCAUUUUUAAUAUGUACACAUGUUUUGAAUUAGUGUAAUGUCAUGAGGGGAUGCACAAAUGUUCUGACAUUCAGCAGUUUAAGUUCUACUGUAACAUAAGUGGUGAUUAAAAACUGUAGUCAUUGAUUAUAAAUUUAUUAACAUGGCUUUAAUGAAACACAAAGUUGCUGAGAUAGACCCAUUUUCAGGAUUUAUGACAGACCUUAUUACUCAUCACUCUUUGAAGCAAAAGACAUUGGAAGGGAGAGACAUUUGAUUAAUGUGUGAAUUAAAAGGCCACAAGUUUUGUGUGCUUGUCAUUAUUUUAAUGAAGAAUGUGAUGCUUACACCCACUGACAUUUGUAGGGGUUUCUUGUGUCAGCAUUCACUAUUCCUUUUGUAAUUUAAAAAGUAUUACUCCCUAAAGUUCUUAUUAUUCCUAAACAAAAAUCUCAGCAUUUUUACUUCAAACAACAGCUAAUUUUCCUUCUCUUCCCUUUGACCCUUUUAAUCCUUUAAAAAAAGCAUAGACAACUCCAACACAUUCUUCAACAAAAUCCUUCAGACAUUGUUUGGCCUUCGAUGGAUAACAUGUUUCCUAAUAUUAAAACUGAGGGAAUAAGAUUAAACCUAAUCUGUAAAACCUGGAAACAAGAAGUAGCAGCAACUUCCAGCUUUACCAGUUAUCUCAUAUUGUAAGCUGGUUUGCUUAUACUGUAACUCUUAACCAGAGCUCUCCAAACUGUAUGUCGUGACAUGUUAGUGUGUCGGCUGCAGUGUGUAGGUGUGUCACACGAAUGCUCCCCACACUCCUCCCAAGGCUGGAAAGGGGUUAGUUUAACCUAGGGGUCGGCAAGGCUUACUUUGCCUGGGCUGGUUCACUGCUGCGGAGCCCCCUCUGUGGGCCAGAUCCUGUGAGUGUGUGCGCUCGCGAUUUCCGACGUCUGUGUCUGUGCAGAGGUGAUUUCUGGCACUGCUCGGUGAGUCCCUGCGCCGUGCUGUGCCAGUUUAGCGCAGUGCGCGGGGACUCACUGAGUGGGCAGCUCAGUUCGGGAGCGGCUCAUGGGCCAGUAAAAUGACCCCCGUGGGCCGCUUGUGGCCUUGCUGACCCCUGGUUUAACCUUUGGUUUGCUAGUAAAACAAUUACUGUGUCGCGUGCCUAAAAAAGCAUGUCACCAACAUGAAAAGCUCUGCUCUAAACCAUAGUUCAGCACUGUGCCUGCAAGCUCACACUCUCCUCCUUUCACUCUCCUCAUGCACAUCUGAGAGAAGGGUUUAGCUAGCAUUUACUUUCUGUUACAUAUAAUCCAGGCUUGAUAUGUAUUAAGCAGAAUUUUUUGGCUUAAUAGAAAUGCUGGUCAGUUUCUAAUCUGGACACCCAUUGAGAUUCAUCUACUGUAAUAGCGGGGUCAAGAUUUCAGUGGAUGCAAGCGAUUUUAUCCUCAAAAUGCUUUGCAAACAAGUCACAAUGAGCUACUGCCGGUUCUGCCACCUCCUUUGGCCAGACUGUAAGCGGCCCCACACUAUCCAGAAAAGCUUUGCCAGACAGAACAAUGCAAUGGAGGCAGCAAAGUAUGCCUUCUUUGCUGCCUUCGCUGUCGCUAGGUGGACUCAGUGAUGAGCCCCCACCAGUGUUCGAUUGCAUUUGACUCUCAUUCAAGCCACCUCCCAGCCUGUUUCCUCAACCUAAGCUCUGGAGUAUACCAGGGAACCAAGCAGACUCCAUGAAGCAGAAGACGGCACUCCAGAGUGAUUGUGUCAACUGCUUGAGCCAUUUGGAUGUUCCAGGGGUUGGCCAGGGCUUCAGCAAGAGCACCAGUCAUAUCAGCCAGAAAAUCCCUCCAAGCCAUCUGGAAACCCAUUGGAUCCAUCUGCCUCUGAGUGCAGACCACCCUCUGCAGAGGGGGAAAGGUGCUGGAAGCCUAAAUCUCAACAGGAAGUGAUAUGACCAUGACAAGGGAUUGAUGUUAAUAUCCCCCACUUUCAGAUCUCCCAGCUGAGAAAACAAGGUCCAGAGUAUGGCCUGCCACAUGUGUUGGUGACAUGUUGGGACAUCCCCAUGGCCGUCAUGGCAGUCAUGAAGUCCAGAGCCACCUCAGAGUCAGACACCUCCGCAUGGAUGUUGAAGUCUCCCCAAACCAGCAGUCUUGGUCCUCAACACCGCCUCCAAUGAGAUCAGCUCAGACAGGGAGACUGCUGGGCAGCUGAACUGGUCACACUCCCCUAUAUCUGCCUUUGAUGACCUUCAGCCAGUAAGCUUCAAUAGGUGUACUUACUUUAAAUAGCAAGACUCCACCAUCACUGGCUAUUCUUUGUAUCUCUUUUAGCUGGAAGAGUUAGAAAAAGGGUGAAAGUACAUGCCUUAAGUAGCAACUGCCACUUGAAUUGAAGAAAUCCAUAAUAAAAACUUUCCCAUUUUCUUGCCAGAGGGAGAGAGCUUGCACUGGCAAUUGUGCCGUGGAUUGCAUCCUUUAAGGUCACAUCUGACAAUUUAAUAAGGUAAUCCAUUAAACAUUCUGUUGCAAAAUACAGAGCAAGAUUCUCCCUUUCCCUUGGCAAAGCACUUGCCAAUAGAGUGAAAAAUUGAGCUACAAAAUUCUAUUGUUUAUGUGAAAACAUUUUUCUCAUGGUUGGCUUGACUUUUGGCAGGAGUUUCUUUCCCUACCAAACCAGAGACUUUGAUGCCCACAUUGAGCAAAACAAAAUCCAAGUACAGUGCUUACUGUUAACUGGGUGACCUGCAGAGCCAUGACCUAGAGAAAGGUGCUCUUUCUCCAAAUGACUAGAAAGGCUUGCACAUUUCAACAAUAAGCAAAUCUCCCAAUCAGAAGUGAAAAAAGAAUGCCUCAUUUAACCACACACAUUUAGCACCAUCCCUCAUUUUGGCCUUGACCAAACCACAGAGAAAAUGUCAUGUCUUGCAGUUGAAACCACAGUCAAAGAAAAAGACAUUUGCCUGAGGCAGUGUUUCUCAGACAGUGGGCCUUGAGUCGUUUUCAGUGCUUCAGCUUGCCCAAGUAAAGUUGAUCAGGAUACAUAAAUGUUGGUGGAUGUGAAGAUUGUCCUGUAAUUAAUACAAAAGCCUGUUGUUGUUGUUUAGUCGUUUAGUUGUGUCUGACUCUUCAUGACCCCAUGGACCAGAGCACGCCAGGCACUCCUGUCUUCCACUGCCUCCCGCAGUUGGGUUAAACUCAUGCUGGUAGCUUCGAGAACAUUGUCCAACCAUCUCGUCCUCUGUCGUCCCCUUCUCCUUGUGCCCUUAAUCUUUCCCAACAUCAGGGUCUUUUCCAGGGAGUCUUCUCUUCUCAUGAGGUGGCCAAAGUAUUGGAGCCUCAGCUUCACGAUCUGUCCUUCCAGUGAGCACUCAGGGCUAAUUUCCUUCAGAAUGGAGAGGUUUGAUCUUCUUGCAGUCCAUGGGACUCUCAAGAGUCUCCUCCAACACCAUAAUUCAAAAGCAUCAAUUCUUCGGCGAUCAGCCUUCUUUAUGGUCCAGCUCUCACUUCCAUACAUCACUACUGGGAAAACCAUAGGUUUAACUAUACGGGCCUUUGUUGGCAAGGUGAUGUCUCUGCUUUUUAAGAUGCUGUCUAGGUUUGUCAUUGCUAUUUUCCCAAGAAGUAGGCAUCUUUUGAUUUCAUGACUGCUGUCAACAUCUGCAAUGAUCAUGGAGCCCAAGAAAGUAAAAUCUCUCACUGUCUCCAUUUCUUCCCCUUCUAUUUGCCAGGAGGUGAUGGGCCCAGUGGCCAUGAUCUUCGUUUUUUUGAUGUUGAGCUUCAGAGCAUAUUUUGCGCUCUCCUCUUUCACCCUCAUUAAAAGGUUCUUUAGUUCCUCUUCACUUUCUGCCAUCAAGGUUGUGUCAUCUGCACAUCUGAGGUUGUUGAUAUUUCUUCCAGCAAUCUUAAUUCUGUCUUGGGAUUCAUCCAGCCCAGCCUUUCGCAUGAUGAAUUCUGCAUAUAAGUUAAAUAAGCAGGGAGACAAUAUACAGCCUUGUCGUACUCCUUUCCCAAUUUUGAACCAAUCAGUUGUUCCAUAUCCAGUUCUAACUGUAGCUUCUUGUCCCACAUAGAGAUUUCUCAGGAGACAGAUGAGGUGAUCAGGCACUCCCAUUUCUUUAAGAACUUGCCAUAGUUUGCUGCGGUUGACACAGUCAAAGGCUUUUGCAUAGUCAAUGAAGCAGAAGUAGAUGUCUUUCUGGAACUCUCUAGCUUUCUCCAUAAUCCAGCGCAUGUUUGCAAUUUGGUCCCUGGUUCCUCUGCCCCUUCGAAAUCCAGCUUGCACUUCUGGGAGUUCUCGGUCCAUAUACUGCUUAAGCCUGCCUUGUAGAAUUUUAAGCAUAACCUUGCUAGCGUGUGAAAUGAGUGCAAUUGUGCGGUAGUUGGAGCAUUCUUUGGCACUGCCCUUCUUUGGAAUUGGGAUGUAGACUGAUCUUCUCCAAUCCUCUGGCCACUUGAAUGUUGGUGGAUGUGAAGAAGAUUGCCCUGUAAUUAAUGCAAAAGCCUAUAUCUGUUCAAGUAGUAAUACAAGAGCUAAACAUCAUUCAUGUUUCAUAUUCCCCACAUGUAUAAGACAUUUUAGUCACAUUUUACAAACUGACUGGAGAAACAUGAUGCAGCAACCUACAUUGACUGCUAUUACCUGAUUCUAUUAAACUUAUAUAGCAGAAUCUUUGAUUUAGCAAAGCCUUGCUCUCAUCUUAGCAUUCUUCAUGUGGCACAACUAUUGACAAUAAUAAGUCUUUGAGGUUGAGUCCUGUGAGAUUGAGCUCCAGCAAAGCAGCCUAGGGCAUUAGAUAGGAAGGUUUAAUUCUGGACACAACCAAUUGAAAUCAAAAUAGUUCAGUAUACUUAACUGAUGUGGCAAUUGUAUUCACAUUUAUCUGACUAGACCUGCAUAGGAUUGCGAACAUAUUCUGUGAACUGCCCUGAGAUCUUGUGAUGAAGGGUGGUAUAUAAGUAAUAAUAACUGCAUUUUAAUUAGGAUUGUAACCUGCAGUUUUAAAAUUGUGAUACUAAUGAAGAAUUUGUGCCUAGUCUUUACAUAAACAAAGUGAAUAAUGACAUGCAUUUGAAUUAAAAGAUUCAUUUUACGUUCUUAAAAUAACUUUGUAACUGACAUCCAGUUUUAAAAUCAAAGAAGCAGAAUAAAAAAAGCAAGCAAUUAUGAUAUAUUGUUUAGCAACUUUAUUUGAAACAACUUUUAUUGUGAAAAUCAGUGGUCUCAUGCUGAGCCAUUAAUGUGUGCCUUUUAAUAUUUAAGUUUAGCAAAUACUAACUUAUUUUAUUAUUUUAUUAGCCAUGUCCUUUUGGGGCCCGCGAUUUUCGAGAAAAACAGUGUGCAGACUUUGACAAUAUGCCUUUCCGAGGAAAAUAUUACAACUGGAAACCAUAUACAGGAGGUAAUACAUUGUUUUGUAAUCAUACUGCUUGAAGAAGACAUGGUGCGGAGGCCUUUACCUGUCCCAAUGGACUUUGGGGGGGGGGAAUGGCAUAAGCACUACUGCUGAUAUUCAUAUCCAAGCCCUCAAUACUACAGCAUCUUAGGCUAUAUAACAGGCAAUGACAUAUCAUUAUCUUAAGCAGGUCAAUAGCCCGUCCUUUGAACUUCCCUACAAGUUAUUCCUUCUUCAAGUGUAGGGAGGCUCAAACUAGAACUGGAUUGUGGCUGAGCAAGUUUGUCAGAAAGGAGGCUUUUGCUGAGAAGGCUAUUCUGGAGGACUAUCUGGAUUGUUCAACCCAAAAAUACUCACUGCUGCUGGAACUGAAUUCCAAGCUCUCCCUCUUAGCAUAUGCCUAGUCCAGUGAUAGUCAGACUUGGCCCUCCAACUGUUUUGGGACUACAAGUCCCAUCAUCCCUGACCACUGGUCCUGUUAGCCAGGGAUGAUGGGAAUUGUAGUCCCAAAACAGCUGGAGGGCCAAGUUUGGCCAUUACUGGACUAGUCCAAGGCUACCCAGUUCCUUUUUAACAUCAGAGCAGCUAAGCCAAUGGCAUCAGUAUAAGUGGGUCAGGCAGAGAGGCUAGAGGCUGAAGACGAAAUUGUAAGUGUGAAGAAGACAUGGAGAGUACAGAACCAGGCUGACCCACGAAAUGAGGCAAUUGCCUUAGUUGGCCAGGGGCAGAGGUGGCAAAUUAGCACAAUUCCGAACCCUGCUUGCUUGCCUUGCCUGCUUGCCCACCACUGCUCUUCUCCCUGCACACUGUUCGUGGGGUGCCUUGGUUGUAGCAAAGGUGAUCUGUAGCUGCUCAACCUUUCAGCAAACACUUUGAGGUUGUUUAACUGCUUUGAGUUCCUUCUUACAAUCAAGUGGUAUAUAAAUUUUAUGAAAUAAAUAUGAAAUGAUAGAAAUACUGUGCCCACAGGCAUUGGCUGCACAGUAUUGGUAGUGUCAGUGACGACCACAAAGCUGUCUGCAGGGGUAGCAGCUGGUGUCAAAAAAUGGCCGCAGCAGUUGCAGUGGCAAGAAAUGGUGGGCCAUGGUUCAAUAUAAUAUAAUAUUGUUUUUAUUUGCCUAGGUGGUGUUAAGCCAUGUGCAUUAAACUGCUUAGCAGAAGGUUACAACUUUUAUACUGAACGUGCCCCUGCAGUGAUCGACGGAACGCAAUGCAAUGCAGAUUCGCUAGAUAUUUGUAUCAAUGGAGAAUGCAAGGUACCAUGCUUCUUAUUAAUUUACACCAAAUCAACUAGAAAACGUUUCCCUAUCAGCACCUCAUCUAGUGUAAAGGUAAAGGUACCCCUGCCCGUACGGGCCAGUCUUGCCAGACUCUAGGGUUGUGCGCUCAUCUCACUCUAUAGGCCGGGAGCCAGCGCUGUCCGCAGACACUUCCGGGUCACGUGGCCAGCGUGACAAGCUGCAUCUGGCGAGCCAGCGCAGCACACGGAACGCCGUUUACCUUCCCGCUGGUAAGCGGUCCCUAUUUAUCUACUUGCACCCGGAGGUGCUUUCGAACUGCUAGGUUGGCAGGCGCUGGGACCGAACGACGGGAGCGCACCCCGCCGCGGGGAUUCGAACCGCCGACCAUGCGAUCGGCAAGUCCUAGGCACUGAGGUUUUACCCACAGCGCCACCCGCGUCCGUUUUCAUCUAGUGUAAGAGCUGCCAAUAAUAAACUAUUUGGGGUACCCAUCCUUUUUUUCAUGGGUUUCAGAGAAGUUUCCAGACUAACACCACUUGUGCCAGUUUCAGUGAUCUGCUUUGAAUGGUGGCUCUAAAUUAAAGGAGCUGCUGAGAGUAGAAUAUUCUGAACUUCUCUGAAUUGUUGCAUAGACAUGUUUCUUAAUUACAUUCCAGAUACAAGCAAACAAAACAAAUAACUAAAAACAUUCUUUCAAGUGCAUGAAGAAAACACUAUAACUGCUACUUGUUGGUUUGUUUUUUGAUUACCAACAAAAUUAGCAAUCUGAUCCUAAGGUGCAUCAGCAUCCAAGAGCUUAGGAUGGGGGAAUAGCAGGUACAGCAGUGCAAUGUCACAAAACAGUGGAAUGGUGUACAGUGGUACCUCGGUUUACGAACUUAAUUCGUUCCGGAAGUCCGUUCUUAAACCAAGGCAAGCUUUCCCUACUGAAGCUUCCCGCCGCCGGUGCCCUUCCACUGUUCAGCUUCCAUUUGUCUUCUGAAGUAAAGUACGCUAACCAGAACACCUACUUCCGGUUUUGUGGAGUUCGUACACUGAAUAAUUCAUUAACUGGGCUGGUAACAGAGGUACCACUGUAAUUUAUAAUGUGCAAUGCAAAAUAUGUGGUACAAAUGUUCAGGUGUUCAUGUAAAGAAAUAAUAGCUUAUUAUUAUUUGCAGUUUCUCAUUGUCAUCACCAUAAAACAGAAAAGCAAAAGAGAUUUCACAACAAUUUUGUUUGAGAAUAAUUUAAGAAUGCCAUUAAUUUGGCCAUAAAUUUCUAAAACUACUGUCCCCAGUGUUUUUAACUGAGGAUGCAAUUAUCUUAUUGCAUAAUUAUUCUGAUUGUACCUAUUUUCAGCAUGUUGGGUGUGACAAUAUUUUGGGAUCAGAUGCUAAAGAAGACAGAUGUCGAGUAUGUGGAGGAGAUGGGAGUACAUGUGAAGCUAUCGAAGGUUUUUUCAAUGACACAUUGCCUAGAGGAGGUAAGUGUGAAGGCAUUUGCCAAAAUGUUCUUAACUAUAAAAGGACUACAGUUUAGAAAGUAACUAAAUAUAGCAAUAUCUCUUGCUGAUGCCAUUCCACCCCCCACUACAGUCUAUCCAGCUGUUGGAUUGGGCAUGACUUACUUGAGUCCCUGUCCAUUUGUCACAAAACUAUUCUGGUGCUGGUUAAUAUAAAAUUGUUGCCUACUUUUGACCCAGCCCUGUUACUUACUUCUCCUUCCUUCCAUCAUUUCCUGCUACUUGCAUGUUGUAAGGCUGCCUUAGAAAUGUCUAGUUAUCAUGUAAGAGAAGCAAAUAUAGAUAUUAUUAUUUCUUCAUAAUUCUGGGAUUGAAGUGUGACUCAUUUAGGACAUGAAUUUAUGAAAAGGAGAAUCCAAGAAGGAUCCAGAAAUAAUGUAGGAGUUUCAACUUUUCUGUUUCUUUCAGACUUACGCCAGAGUCAUUUGUCGGUGUCCUUGUCAUAAGAAUGGUCCAGACCAUUUUCCCGUUGCUGCUGAAGCUAAUCAGUGCAAGUUGCAGUACCACCUUAUAGUUGAAGCCAGGAAACUUAAAAUAAGUAGGCUGCUCCCAGAAUCCAAUUCACUUCCCUGCCUUUGUUGAAGUGGUUAAGCUCAUAUCCAGAAGUGGAGUGAUGGCUCUGAAGUUGAGGAGGAGCUCUCCCAGCAUUUAAUCUAUAAUAUAUAUAGAAGAGUGACAAUAGCUCUUGGGCUUAACUACCCACCCUGCAGAGCUCACCUGUGCAGCAGUGAAGUCACUCUCAGUGUUUGCUGCUUUUAAAAUUAUAACUAAGGCAGAGUGGGAUGCUCCCCUACAAUAUAACAAGUCUAUGUCUGUGGCCAACUGACACCACUGCUAGAGUUAAUACUGUAAGUUGUUUGGGGUUGAAAGUUGCUUUGGGCAAGAUAAAAUGACUAACAAAUGUAAUAAACAUAAUAAUAAUAUUAUAAUUAUCUGCUGCUGUUAAUACUGGACAGAAAGCUUUCAAGAAUAUGGCCCACAAUAAACGGAAGAGCUUCCUUUCCUCUCGUUGAGAUGAUAGGUGUUUUCCCUUACCAAUCCAAUCAGUUAUUUUGAGGCUUUCAAUCCCAAUAUAGACUUGGAAAUUCCAUACCCAGUCAAGGUGUCUGGUUUAAAUGAUUUUUCUUCAAUGGCCUGUUUGAGCUUGACAAGGAUGCGAACUGGAUUCUGGGAGCUACCCAGUUCCUUCAAGUUUGCGUACCUGCCCUAUACCACAAAGUGGCAUUUAAACGUGCAUUGAUAAGCUUUUACCAGCAAUAUAGAACUACCAUUCAGAUAGAAGCCAAUGGUCCUUUUUAAUCCUUUCAAUAUUAUAUUGUAAUUCCUAGAAAAUUUACAAGCAUGGGUUCAGCUAUAAACGAUAACAUAAAAUAAGUUUCACCUUCGUCUUGUAGGCUACAUGGAAGUGGUACAGAUUCCAAAAGGUUCUGUUCACAUUGAAAUCAAAGAAGUGGCUGUGUCAAAGAACUACAUUGGUAAGAGGAUGCUCUUAUAUUGCUUGUAAAAACUCAAUUAGGGUUGGAUUCAAAUAACAAAAUUAUGGCAUGCACCAGAUUACAUACAAUUGCAUAGGUCUACAAAUAACAUUAAGACUGCCUCUUUACCUAACCCCAUUUAAUUUAUGAGCAUAUGUAUCUGUCAUUGCAUUUAACAUGUCUGUUUUUAAUUUAUUUUAAGUAACAGCCACAAUGACCUUAUCAGGGCUGUGGUGUGAGGAGAGGGGUGUUAAUUCUUCCCCUUCUAUGAACCACAUAAAAAUUUCCAGCCCACCCUAAAGCUGUGGGUAAGCCUUGAAAGGAAAACUUAUGUUGGUACAAGUGGAAGCUGUCUUCUGAAGCUAGCAGCAGCUUCAGGGUGUCUAAUUUAAUCAGGUGAAAAGAGUUAACUUUUCUAUCUCAAAAACCACAGUCCUGUUGCUUAUUUCUACCCUCAGCUGCUCUGUAACAAAAAAGUGCCAUUUUGAAUGUAAUCAUGCCUUUAAUGCCACAUCUAGGUUGCCUCGAGAGGCACAUGUUGGGCUAAAUGUACAUUUAUUGCACUGAUUAAUUCAAAAAUGGCUGCUUACCCAGUUGGCAGGUGGGUGGUGGUUAUGACCUGGUGUGGCAUAACCCCCAUCCUCCUGGAGCCACGCCAUGCUUCUGCAGCCAUUGGCUCUUCCCCCUGGCCAGCACGGUGUCUCCUGGGUCCCCACCAGACCCAGUUAGAAUUCAACCAAUCUGCGACAGCCCGGGGGCAGGCCCUGAGAGUGGACUACAAGGUGGUAGUCUUCACUCUGGUCCGCUCCCUGCUCAUUUAAGCAGGUUGGCGCUGUUCACCACAGCACAUUUGGCCCAGAGCAUCACCCACUCAGCCCACCCUCUAAUCUCUCUUUACAUUUGCAGCCUCACUUUUUUCUACAGGUCUGUAGGCUUUGCUGUGGUUUAUAAUGGUUGUUGUUUUCAGAGCUGGGAAUGAAUUUUUCCUGUGUACAGUGGAACCUCGGGUUAAGUAUUUAAUUCGUUCCAGAGGUCCGUUCUUAACCUGAAGCACCACUUUAGCUAAUGGGGCCCCCCGUUGCCGCUGCGCCACUGCUGCGCAAUUUCUGUUCUCAUCCUGAAGCAAAGUUCUUAACCCAAGGUACUAUUUCUGGAUUAGUGGAGUCUGUAACCUGAAGCAUAUGUAACCUGAAGCGUAUGUAACCCGAGGUACCACUGUACCAGGUUUUGCCUUCCCCGUAGCAAUAGUCACAACUUUGGCGGUUUAGGCCUUGGGUGGAAUCCUUUAGACCAGCAUCUGAUGAAGGGGUGAAGUGGUGACUCACCUGCUUCUUGCAGUGGCUUUAACAGGGUACCCCGUUAGCGGGGUCUUGAGGGAAGACUCUGUCAAGUCAGAACCGUGUGGCUGAAGGGCCAUAGAGCUUCCCUCAGCGACUUGGGAGAAACCAUCUGUGUAAACCUAUGUUUGGGGAUGGUCCCAUCUCCCCCCUAACUGACCCUGUCAUGCCUCAGACCCCCAGCAGGGGGCUGAGAGUGAUAUAUGCCUAAUGCCUAUGCCAAGGCUUACCUACACCUGAAAUCAAUAAAGUUGUGUCCAUUUUAACCCCAAAUUGUUGUCGUGUUCCGUUAUUUUACCCCUUGGGUGGCUUAGCUCCCAUGGGAGGGAGUACUGCUGGUGCAAAUCUCAGCUGUUCAGGGCCUGCUUGCUUUGCUCUAAGACACAGAAGUAGGACAGGCAUUUGCUAAGAGCAGAGUUGUGGGGGUUAUGAAAAUUGGGGCUCUGAGGAAAGCGGGUGGGGCCUCAAGUAAGUUAAUCCCUUAUAUAUGGGAAGCAGAGAGUGUUUCAGGCUAACGGUAAAAGAAGACCAGCUUGUGUUAGUUCAUUCUGAUGUCUGAUUAAUAUUUUGUUUGUUUGUUUGUCUAUUUAUAAGCUGCCCUUUUCAUAAAAUAUAUAAAGGCAGCUUACAAUAUAAAAAAUAAUAUUAAAAAAAAGUGAGCUGCUGUCUUGGAUAACCACUUUCACAUAAGUCAGAUAUCCAUUCCUCAGUGGUAAUUUUUAAAACCAGUAAUAAUGAAGAUUGAAUGAAUGCCAUGGUUACUUCCUGUGCCAUCACCACUGGCUCCCAGAAAGUGAGGCAGCAGCAUAAGAAGUAAAUUGAAUCUGUCUAAUCCUCAUGGUUUCUGAUUAAAGCCAUUAUUAUUACAACAAUGAGACCUGACCACACAGAAAAUGUCAGUUAUGCGAUGCAGAUUCACAUAGAUUAAUUCAGUCCUUUCCUUUUUUGGGGUCUUUCCCCUGUGCCAUUCUUCUACUACAAACUGCAUGAGUUUAAGGUAUCUCUGAAGCAUUCUGUCAUUUUUUAUUUUGAAUUAAGAGCUAGUCAUGUUUAGAAUUGGAGUAGUUUCCAUUGGUUUCUUAACUCCAGAAAUCUCAGAAGCAGACUGACAUAAGAUACAGCCCCACUGCAACUUAUUAAGCUCUUUCCAGUAUUGGGCACCAAACAAUAUAGGUAGAUUUAAUGUGACAUUAUAUACUGAUUACUACUUUUGUAAGUGCGGGAAUAAUUAAAUGACAGUGUGGGAAUAAUUAAAAUGGUUUAGUAUCAGCGCAAAAGUGGUAGUGGCAAAUGCUAGUGUGUAAGGUGGAAUCAAAAAAUCAACAAAAGGGGGAGAAGUAGAAAAAUGCAUUGCUAAGUUGUCUUGCCCAUGCCCUCCCUCUUUCUCCACGAAAUAGUAUACUUUAGGUUUUGUCUGCAAAACCUGGAACAGUUGUACAUUGGCUUUGUGCCUGAAUGUAGCCACCACAAGUGAUUCUUGCCAACUUGUGGUCCCAAGCCACAGGAUCCAUGUUACAGCCACAGUUACAAAAAUGUUUGUUAAAUAUUACCCUGUAACACCCUAGAGAACAAAGAUACCGAUUGGAUAUUUUAAUACCUAUAGUUACCUAGUUAUAGAAUGAAAACUAAAACAAACAAAAUAUUAGAAAAAUUGUUCUAAUUAGAGAGCUAGAGUUAUACUGUGACUGCCACAAAAGAAUAAUUAGAAACAAACAAAAUUUCUUUGGAAAGUAACGUUGUCAUCAUUUUAAAAAUAGAUCAUACUGUGGAAGACAUGCUACAAAGCAAGCAUAACAUUGAUUUAUGCAAAUUUCUGGAGCUGAACUAGAAUUUCUGAAGCUGAACUAGGAUAUUAAAAGCUGUUCAACAACCCUUUGCAAGUUUAAGAGAACUGUAGAAUACUCACGAUCCAUAGAAUCUUUUCUUGCUGGCGGUGCGGGGUGGGGGUCAGAUCUUUAUCUCUUCACCACUGAAAAGCCAAAUCUGACAGGUGCCCACCUUUCAAUCACUAUGACAUCAUUUGAUGCUACACUUUGAAUCCCUGACUGUUUAAUCACUUUGUGCAUUUUUUUAAGCUUUAAAAUCUGAGGACGAUGACUAUUAUAUUAAUGGUGCCUGGACUAUCGACUGGCCUAGAAAAUUCGAUGUUGCUGGGACAGCUUUCCAUUAUAAAAGGCCAGCAGAUGAACCAGAAUCUUUGGAAGCCUUAGGCCCUAUCUCAGAAAAUCUCAUAGUCAUGGUAAAGUAGUUCAAUUACCUUUUUAAAAUAUGUGAGUUCAUGUCUAGCAGACUGGAAUUGAUAAGUGAAGCUGUACCCAGGGAAAAGGAUCAGAUUAUUUUGAGCUUUGUCCUCCACUAGACAUCUCCAUUAUCCACAUGAAGGCAUGAAUUCUUGGUCAUUCAUGACCAUUCUUCAACCAGAAUCCAAAUUAUUUUCACGUGCCCUCAGUUAGUUUCAUUUACCCACAGAGGCUUUGGAGUGAUGUUUCUCAGACAAUUGGUCUGUGCCCUCCUGCAGCAUAGCAAACUACUUCAAAAACGAGGAGAUUCUAUUAAGCGUUUUGUAAUCUUGCAUGAGAGUGUGCAAAGUUAAUAAAUAAAUCACUGCACAUGCUCAAACGCUUCUGAUUCUUGUAAUUGCGUUUUUUAAUGCUUAUUGCUUUUUACGUUAAGGCCAGUUUCCCUCUGGGAUUAAUUCCUUCUGUAGUUCCAUCUGUUGUUCCAUUAUAGUUAUAUGUAAAAGUGAGAGAAUGUGUUAGAUAGGCAAUUUAAACAUUAGGUAUAGAACAGUCUUAUCAGCAGGAAUUUAAAAGCAAAUGUAUUUUUCAUGGAUACUUGCAACAGCAUCUCUGCUGCCUUUAAAAACCACAUUGUAGAUUUUCUGCAUUGGCCCAGUCUGCUUUGUAUGAGGCAUUGCCUCACUCUCAAGAAAUCAAGAGCUUUGAUGGGUUUAAUUCAGAUUAUUUUACAAUUAUGAAAACUUGUAGAUAUUCCAAACAAGGCAAUCAUAUUUACUUCACCAACUUUUAUGGCCUCUAACAUAGGGAGCAUGGCAAGCUUAUUCCAUACCUUUGAGCUCAGCAGAAUUUAGACUGCAAUCUGAUGUGUGCUCUUUUGGGAGCAUGUUCUAUUGAACCCACUGGGACUUACUUCCAAGUAAGCCUGUUAAGGCUUGCAUUGUUAGCAUGCCACUUCUCUUUUGCUACAUAGCUGACAGGAACAUUUUAUUAUAUUCUUGCUUUUUUAUUUCUCCUUGAGGGAUCAUGCUGCAUUUGACCGGGGGCACACACUUUCAGCUUUCAACUAUUUCAGUUUGGAAAGAUAGAUAUAAGUAAUUAUUCUAAAUUCUAGGAAUGUUGCAAGGAUUUUCAGAACUGUUCUCUGGAAGUAAAUAUCUAGUACAAAUGCAGCCAUUGUUUAAAUAUCAGUGCACUCUUUUCCAAGUGUUUUAAUGGUAUAACCAGUUAUUUUCAACUGCAGAUUUUACUACAGGAGCAAAACCUGGGGAUAAGGUAUAAAUUCAAUGUUCCCAUCUCUCGUACUGGCAGUGGCGACAAUGAAGUUGGCUUUACGUGGAAUCACCUACCUUGGUCAGAAUGUUCUGCUACUUGUGCUGGAGGUAAGAACUCUCCCAUCAAAGCUGAAAGCUAGAUAGAAAACUUAUUUUUGUUGAGGCUGAAUAUAAUUAAGAAUUUUUCUUUCAAAUGUUGUUGAAACUUAAUGGUGCAGUGAGUAGAUUUUUGUUUGUAUUCGGUUUUCUACAAUUUUUAUAUAAUUCCAGACAUCAAAUACAUAUGUUUCAUUUUGGCAGAGUAUUUAUCUUUUCAACUGUCCCAGAAGUAGACUGUUACUUUUAUGGAGAAUGCUGUAGAAUUUUAACUAAUACAAUAAACAGGAAUUGGAGUAUGCAUAUGUAGUUCCUGAUAAUUGAGGCAGACUCAGGGCCUGUCUGUCACACGUGCUUCCAUCAAAGCUUAGCACCAUUGCUGAUAUAUUAUCUGAUAGAGAGAAGUGUUUUGCAAUCAGCAUCUUUCUGUGAUUUCCAUGAAAAAUGUCAUAUUGGCUGCAUAAACAUCCACACUUAUUGGUUUUAAUCUGGCUUGUGUCAUUUAGGGAUAUCAAAAUAGACUAAUUGUUUAUUAAAAUAUCAUUUUUAACAUUAUAAAUAGCUUUUUAAGGACUAUAUAUAUUCAGAGGUUGGUAUUUUGCUCCCUUUACUGAUGCAGAUAUCUUUACAUAUAUAAUUUUGUUCAUGGUGCCACUUAGGAUGUUCUGAAAUUUUCUUUUAUAUGUAUGCCGAAAAAAUGUAAGAUAGGCACCAGUUAUCUAAAUAGGUAUCAGGCAGAGCUCAAUCCCUUGCCUGGAGCAGCAGAAUCAAGUGGAGUAGCCAAACCUACUACCAUAUUCAAAGGCCUGCUGGCUCACACCAGCCAGCCAGAAGAUGUGAGGAAAACUUGCUUCCAGUUGCAUACAGUUCCCUGCUAAAAUCUAUUUACCUUUUCACUAUCCAAAAUACUUCCCCCCUCUAAAUUAAAAGAACAGAAUAUUCCAAUCAAUUGGCCAGAAAACCCAAUUGUUUCAUUUGAGCCAGGGUACAUCGGAGCACAGCAGAAUAUAUUGCAAUGCAUGGCUUAGUCCUUAAAAUGUGAAGCCAUAAUCUAUGUUCACAUGCUGAGUGCAUCACACCAGACUAAUCAAUCCGCCUCUGUUAUGCCUGAGAUUAAGAAGAAUAUCUUCCAGGUUUGGGAAAGGAAGUGGAGCCAUAAGCAGUCCUGGUUCCUUUCAUAUCUGCUAUAGUGACUGUGCUCUGGAUAGGUCUCAUAACAACAUGUGGAAUGUGGAACAUUCCAAGUAAGGCUGAGUUUCCAGUAGCUCAAUGAGUCACCUGGUUUUUCUACUUAGACACAUAGGAGGGACCUCUUUGCCAUAGCUAUACUUUUGGAUUAGGGUUGGCCGAAUGCUGCAGGUAGGUGAUUGGCCAGAGAACAGGAGACUGACAGAAAUGCUUCCAUAAAUUCAAGGAAGUAUAAAAUGUGUGUGGGACCAGAAAGUGUGUGUGGUUUGGAAAUUUUGAAGAGGAGAUUUAAGAAAAAAUGCUUGACAUUUUUACUGGGAGGGUUGUGCCCCAGUAGCCCAGUGGGUGCGCCUCUAGUGCUACCACGAGUGAGAACACCACAGGCUGUCGUGUUCUAUCCACCAUACUUCCUGUGGCAGUCAGGGGCAUGCACACUACCCUAACCAUAUCCAGCAGCAAGGACCAGCAGCCAAUUUGGAUAGCAGCCAUAUUCACAUUUAUCUGGAAGUAAAUAUCACUGAACUCAUUAGAGCUUACCUCGGGAAGAUAUGUAUGGGAUUGUACUGUAAGUGUCCUUUACAUUGUGUUUAGUAUCGAGUUUGCAAAGGCUUAACUGACAAAGAUCAGGAUCCAGAGGCCUAUAUUUGUUGUAUUCAAAAGUGUACCUAUCUCCAGUGUUGUUUUUUUACCUCCUUUGCUUAAAAAUAGAACACCUCCAUGUCAUAUCACAAAACUGCUUUUAAAUCUCCCCCGAGGGUCGCAGUUCAAGAAGCAUAAGUUCAAAGUUCCUUUGAGCAUGUAGAAAUACUUCGGUGGUUCUUCAGACCUUGUCUAUUGGUCCAUAGCAGGAUUUCCAUUUUGAGAAAGAAGAAAAUAAAUAUACUAUUGAAUUAUGCAGAAACUAAAGUCGGUACAUCUGCUUACUGGGCCAAGAGAACUAUGGCAUCAGAUGACACUCAACAUUUAUUUGGGCAAUGUACUAUGGUACAUACAAUUUCUGAACAGUAGAAGUAAUGCUUCUGAAUAACCUUUCAGAAGGAUUUAACAUUCUUACCCUUCGAACACAGCCAAAAAUGUCAUUCACACAUACAGCUAGCAGUGCUGAAAGUCACUUCUAAAUUGUGUAAUCCCCAACAAGAUACAGAUGAAAAUUAAGAGUCAAAUCGGCAGAGCCACACUAUUUUAAUCUAUACUGCAUCAGCAUUUGACUCUCAUUCUGUGAGAUGUGUAUGUGAAUAGGGCCUAAGACAGAAGAAAAUACUGUAUGUGUUUGUAAUUUAACUUUAUUAAGUUUUUUAAAAAAUAAUAAUCUGGAAUUAUAGUCACACCUUCAUGCUCUUAGGGAAGAAGAAAAACCUGGCUUGUGCUUUCCCCCCUUGUACAAAACCUUUAACAGAUAAGGUUAACACUGUUGUGGUUGUUUAGGACCUAGAGUGUGAAAUAAGUGCCAAACAAUGGGCAUUUAUCUCAAAAUUUUAUAUGGGGUUGUAAAGUUCUUUUUCAUUUGUGUUCCAUAUUAAAUGUUCAGUAAACAUUUUUCCCUCAGCUGAUGAACUGAUAAUAGUAUACGUUUUCUGCAUCCUGUAAAAAUAAACUUACAAUAUUCCUGAGCAAAACCUGAGCAAACUUUACUUCUUCAGGACUAUUUUGUACUUGGAUGAGUUAGCUAAGAAAUGGAUUUUACUGGUAUGCUGUGUGAAAUUAUGAAUAAAUAAUUUAAACUUUUAAAGUAACCAGUUGAAAUUAGUUGAAAUUUAUUUUCAGAGAUGGAAGAGCUACAUCCUUGUGUAUCUGUAAUUUGAUCCCCCCUGUUAAGCUAAGCCCAAAGGCUGCUCUUCCUAUUUAGCUCUUGUUUUGUUUACUUGGAAGAUCCUAGAUAAUUCCCUCCUCAGCAGUUUCUAGGCUGAGCAUCAUCAGUACAUGCAGGUACACUUAGACAUGCAGGAUUAUUUCAAAAUUGAAAUAUUGGUGUGCUAUUCUCAUGUGUCCACAGAUAGGGGUCAAUGGCUUUUACCUAAAAAUACAGUCCCUAACUUUAUUUUGCAGUUUAUAUUAAUAAUGUAAUGUUUAAUGGAAACUUGACAAUAGCAUUUCAGUGAGGUAGUAGUGGUUUUGAAAUAUAUUUAGGCCUCUACCAUUAUUGUACCAUAAAGUAAAUCCAAUAAUACAUGGCUUUACAAAAUAGCUUAUUUUUAACUGGAUCAACAUGUGCUUUGGCUAGCCAGUUAACAUCUGGGUUGUCUGUCUUGCUUGGCUUCAGGAUUCUUCCCACUGUGAGCCAACACUCCCACUAGCUUUAUUAAAAAUAUCCCAUUUUGGAGCAAGUAACAGAGCUCCUAACACAACAGAUCUUGGUUUUAAAUUUUAAACAUCUUCCCUUCUGCACAGCUUUUCAAAAAUAAAUUUUAGCUAGGCAAUUUGCUAGCUGGGGAUUUAUAUAGUGAAAGAGCUCCCUUAGACAGGAUGAAGGAUUAGUAUUGACAAUAUAAUAUACUUUGUACAUUUUACAGAUUUGUACAUUUGCAAACAAACUGACUCUGGGGCUAAGCUUUGAAGAUUUAAAUUGCCACCCCACCAACUACCUUUUCUCCUGUUGCUUUUUCUCCCAUUUGAGAUUUUAUUUUUGCAGUAUUGGAAUCUUGCAAGAUGAAAGAAAGAUUUAAGGAGAUAGACUGCAUGGUUAAGGAUUGUGGGAAGGAAACCUCUUUUAAUUGCACCCUCACUUUAGACAUGGACAGAGUCACAUUUGAAGACACUGAUCUGCUACCGAGUAGUUUGGGCUUAAAAAGUCAUUACUUUUUCCUUAAUUAUUUCCAGAGAUAAUACUAUUCCUUCCUCUGAUCUAUUGCUGCUGAUCUACUAGUUUGUAUUCAUUCAAUUAUUUUUGUAUUUUAAUUAGUCUGCUGUAGUUUGAUUUUUGUGAACUGCCCUGGAAGCUUAUCCUGAUGAAAAGCAUUAUAAAUAAAUAAAGACUUCCCUGCUCUCCUCUCCUCAGGCACUGUUCACAACUGAAUUUCUACAUUUUGGUUUUUUUACUGAUUCUAAAAUUUAAUCCUUUAUUACCUCAAGUUUACAUAGUUCUUAUACCAGUUGUGAACCAUAUCCAUAUAUUUCCACCAUCUUUGCAUUGACAACUGGUAUAAUUAAUUUAUCAGCUUCUCGGUUCUUUUAAUCUUCUUUCAUAUAUUUUUUUUUUACACCUUUGCCACAGCUCUGUGGCUGGUUUCCUGCUUUUUAUGUAUGUAAAUAUAUUUUAGUAUUAGUUUUAAUAUCUUUUGGAAGUUUCUCCCCCAAAUCCUUCUUGUCUUGCUUUAUUGUAACUACAAUGUUUUCAGAGUUUGUGCUCUGCAGCUUAGGACAGAUGUUUCUGUUGCUUAAUAGAAAACAAAGGAAAGUAGUGUGCUAUAGGAAGGGAGGUGAAGUCAGUCAAUAGACAAAAUGGAGGAGGUUUGCCCAUUAAGGAUGAGUAGGUGUGAGGUGCUACAGGAAUCCAGGAAUAAUACCCUACUGAAAAUAUGAAUAGUAUGGUAUGGAACCAGGACACCAUCAUGUCAUUCCUAGCUACCAAAGCUGCAGGAAUUUAGCAGAGAAAUGUAAGAAGUUGGGUCAAGUCCCUAUGAGCUACAAGACCAGGCAGGAUUGGUGAAGAAAUCUACAAUUUAGUCCAGUGGCUUUAAUUUAUCACUGACUCAACAUCAUUUCUUUAGUCAUAUCUGAAUAGUUUGUUGACACAUCCAUAUCCAGGCACUUUCAGUUAGAAACCACCAACUGAGAUGGUAAGACUUGUGAUUAUUUGUGAAUAACAUCUCACUUGCCACAGAAACAAUCCGCUACAUUUUCAACCACAAAAGAUUCUUAACUAAUGGAUAACCAAGACACUCAAGUAUGAUGGAGCACAGUUUCCUAGCAAUAGCAGGUUAACAAAGAAAACAUUGGUUUAGUGCUUGCCUUGGAUUUAAGAAAUGUGGGUGUGUAAGAAUAAUCAGGUAGGAAACAGAAGACUUUGCCCAAGUUAUUAUAGGCUGGGUGUCUGUACGCUGGUGAUUCAACACCUUGUGGAACAGCAGGACUCCAAAUGAGUCAUUUUUCUUAUGGCUGUUGAUCAAAUCCUCAUGUCUUUAAUGGUCAGCUUUAACAAAGAAAAGCACAGAGUAUGUGGGUGGAGAGAAUAGGAUUGUCUGGUCUAAUUAGUUUGAGUGCAGUGUCUUAUGAUCAUUUAUUCUCUUAAUAGACAUGCUGAAGAAUUUCAUCUUGUUGUUAUUAUGAACAUUUUUACUGGUUCAUCCUUUUAUUAUUUAUCUACUGAUGUUUACUAGAAUGAGAGAAUCAAUAAGAAGCUUCAACAUGAUGCAGUUGAAAUAUGUUAUGACUCUUUAUAGUGUGGGUAUUUUGAGCAUGUUGUGACAUCCUUGUGGAGCUCUGUGGUAUGCCUGAAUAUUAGGAAGUUUAACAGGUUGAAAGGAAAUGGAGGAUUUCCCCUCAUUUGCUACUUCCCCUCCCCUCACAUGCUCAUUUAAGUGCUUCAAUCCUGGUCUCUUUAAGCUAUAGUUCCCUGUUACAUCCAAAAUGGGAAACCGUGGUUUGCUGGUUUACCAACCAGAAUCUUAAACUGUGAUUAGGCUGUGGUUUAAGCACUUGGUUAGUAAACCUGUAUUAAACCAAAGCUCCCUAUUUUGAAUAUAAAAGAGGCCAGUGCUCAAGGAGCACAUGGACCAGUGCUUGUUCUUUCUUUCCAAAUAUGUGAUUGCUACAUCUGAAAAGACCAAUUGUGUACACUGGAAAAAACAAUAAUGCUGAUCAAGAGUUCCACCAGCAUUCUGAAUCACUAAGAAUCUGUGAGAUGAGAUUUUCCAUUCAGUUCAAUUCACUAUACUAGCCCCUAUACUAGCUGUUUCAUUAUAAUAAAGAAAAUACUCCUGGGGUGUUAUUUACAAAUAGAAAGUACUGAAUUCUACCCUGUUGUUAUAUUUAAAUUUUUCUGACCUGAAAUGCAGUCAUGUACAGUAGUAUCUAUUUGUAUUGUAAAUGAAGAAAAUAUGCAGUUGAGAAUUACAAUAAGAACAGUAAGAACAAUUGUAUACUAAAAAUAUUUAUUGCAUUAGAAAACAGUACACACAAACACGGUUGCUUAAAACAGCUACAAAUUAAACAUUUUUGUGGUGCAGGAGCUUCAAAUCAGUUGUUCUUUCUGAUAUUUGGAGAGCACAGGUGAACUGCUAAGGCAGGACUCUACAACUUGUGACCUGCCAUGUUGAAUGCAGUCCAUCCAACUCCUGUCAGGUGAUUAGCAAUCUUCCUACUUUUGCAGCUCCAAGUAGGCAACAAAAUGAGGAGGUGUAUUGGGCCCCGGAUGAAUGACUUUAUUUAUUUGAUUGUUGGGUGUCACUUGGCAUGGUAGGUCACAAAUUAAGUUGGCCUGAAAUAAAGAAUGUCAAAAUGGAGGCACUGCUUAAUGAGAAACACUGUAAUUAUUCUUCCCAAGGUGUGCAGAAGCAAGAAAUAGUGUGCAAAAGGCUGGAUGAUGGUUCCAUAGUACAGAACAAUUACUGUGAUCCUGAUAGUAAACCACCAGAAAAUCAAAGAGCCUGCAACACUGAGCCUUGCCCACCCGAGUAAGUACUUAGUACAUAAGGUAUUCUAUUCUUUGUCCAUGUGUUUAUUUAUAUUUCCAUAUAGAAAAAAUAGUGACAAACUAUGCUUCCAGAAAUUAGAGAGUCAGUGCAGAGCUAACUAAAGAAUAGCAUCCAAUUGAUAAUCUGUCAUAUUUUGUGUUUACACCUAUGUUUCUUCUUAUAGUAUCAUUCCUGAGAAUUAUAUCAGUAUACUUUCAAUGGGGCUUAAGGGAGCAUUAGAUGCAUAAAAUUCCCAUACAUUCAAGUGUACUUGUCAACUAUAUGAAUAUUUGUUUAAUUUAUUGAAAAAGUAAUACCCCCGAUAUUGUUCUUGAAGAUGGUUUAUAGGAGAUUGGUCAGAAUGCAGUAAGACCUGUGAUGGUGGAAUGCGAUCGCGAACCGUUUUAUGUAUCAGGAAGAUUGGACCCUCUGAAGAGGAGACCUUGGAUAGUAGUCAUUGUUUAACACAUCAACCAAUUGAAAAAGAAUCCUGUAACAACCAGUCUUGCCCCCCACAGUGGGUUCCUUUGGAUUGGUCAGAAGUGAGUAAACUCACAUGCAUUAAAUAAUAAAUUUCAUGCACAUCAAAAUCUUUCUUUCAGUGUCACAGCUGGUUAAAAAAGGUAAAGCUAAAGGACCCCUGGACAGUUAAGUCUAGUUAAAGGUUACUAUGGGGUACGGUGCUCAUCUUGCUUCAGGCUGAGGGAGCCAGCGUUUGUCCAGAGACAGCUUUCUGGAUCAUGUGGCCAGCAUGACUAAACCACUUCUGGCGCAUCAGGACACCGUGACUAGUGCCAGAGCACACAGAAACACCAUUUACCUUCCCGCCGCAGCGGUACCUAUUUAUCUACUUGCACUGGUAUGCUUUCAAACUGCUAGGCUGGCAGAAGCUGGGACAGAACAACAGGAGCUCACCCUGUCGCGGGGAUUUGAACUGCCAACUUUCCGAUCGACAAGCCCAAGAAGCUCAGUGGUUUAGAUCACAGGGCCAGACAGAAAAUAAUCUAUUCGAUGUGAUAAGAAAGGGAAGUAACCACUUUUUGCAAAGCCUUUACAAUAACUUCACUCAAUGGUUUCAAAUACAUACAUAAGUUAUAACUACUUAUAUUAAAACUGCUAGUACAAUACUAGAUCCUCACUUGUAGAUGUAAUGUGUACUUUAUUCAGAAGGACAAUAGAUUUAUUGUGCAGUCAGAAAAUAGGAGAGAUGAUACAAGGCAACUGACUACCUUAUCUUCCAGGCAGUCACCUACGGAGCUGAAGGGAAGACAGAGAAGCAAUCUUACAGUCUUCCAACCUUUUCCUGUUUUUAUUUUGGAAGAAAGUGAGAGGUUCACACCAGUUCCUGAACUGUACAAUUCCUCUGAGCCUGGAGUUGUUUCAGAGGACUAGAAAACAUUAGAUCAUUUGGAUCCAGCCUCCUCUGUCCCUGGUCCUCCCUCAACACCACCCCCACCUUUCCAGCCCUACCAGUGUCAGUUGGGCCAGGACUGCAGACAUUACCAUAACAGCAAGAAGCUCUGAUUUAACAUCAGAGCUCCAUCUCCACAGUCAGAGUUCCAGUAUAUUCCAUGGCCCUUGGAACAGCCUCCUAGGGGCUACAAGACUGCAACAAUGUGUGUCUUUAAUUUUUCAUAUUUUAUUUUUUCUUAAUAUAUAAACUGUGUAUCUUGUUUCCAGUGUACUCCAAAAUGUGGUCCUGGUUUCAAGCAUCGUAUUGUUCUCUGCAAAAGCAGUGACCUUUCAAAAACAUUUCCAGUUGCACAUUGCCAAGAAGAAAACAAGCCACCAGUUCGCAUGCGUUGCAGCUUGGGCAGAUGUCCUCCACCACGAUGGGUUACUGGAGACUGGGGACAGGUAAUACAGGCAGGCUUGUUUGGUACCAAAAGAAUAAUUUGAUUAAAUAUACUGAAUAUCAUUUGACAGAGUAUUAGAUGAAAAGUAACUUGAGUGAUCACAUCUUGCCACAUAAUAGUAAAUUGAUGUCGUGGACAUAAUGGUGUUAGUUCAUUUCUUAGUGUUAAGGCAUUCUACUGAAAUAAGGACAGCUUAUUGUUAGUUCCCAAGGUAGAGACCACAUACUAAACUAGAGUAGAGUAGAUUCCAUAGGAUAGAAAAAUGUACGGUAGAUAAGACAUCUAAAAUUAGUAGAAAAAACAACUGGGGGAAAACCUUUUCACUUAUGUUAGCUGGCAGUCCCAGCAAAAAGCUAAAGGGAUUAAGCUACAUAUUGAACUGUCACAUUUUGCAUCUGUCCUAGUUGACAGCCAUACAGUAGUGUAAUAAAUACGCAAGUGUCACAUGCAGUUGUCAGUUACCUAACAUGGCUUGUAAUGUAAGAUUUGGAAAUAUCACAGGUAACCACUUCAGCCUGUGAUGUGUCUGCUGACAAUGGCACAAUGUCCACCCCCAGUUGUGUGUGUUUGUCAAAAGUGAAAUUGGGUCUUACAUUUGCACACAUUUGGCAGAAGUAAAAAUUCAUAUACGAGGUAGAAUGAAAUAGUCCCACUCUGAAAAAAAUUCUGGAAAAAUGUAUUACAUGAAUAUGACAAAUGUUAGCCAAUAUGCUAUGGAAAUAAAACUAAUAAUUUAAAAUGCUGAAAUUUAAAUGGCUGCUUCUUUACAGUCCAGAAAUGCUGACAUUAUUACCCUUUCAUGGUCUUUUAUUCUCCAGCUAUGUCCCCUUUUCCAUAUAGCAAAUUGCACCUUUCUUAUGACAGCAUAUCGGGGCUGCCAAAUCAGUAUACUUUGUGAAAGAAAAGAAAUAAGUGAUCCAUGCACUUAAAAAAAGGCUUCUCAGAAAGAAGCAUAGUAGUCAGAGGAUCCUUAUUAAUUAGGGAAGGGAAACACACUGCCUAGCUGAAUUUAUUACUAUGGCAAUGAUAAGGAUUCCCUCCACAGCUGCCCCAGAUAGUGUUUCUGACACUAUUCCAUUCACCAUGUUGCAGUUCUGUUCAUUACUCAUAAUAUGACAUCCUUUAUUUUCUCUCUUCCCUUCCUAUCAUGCCCCAUUUCUCACAUAGUGUUCCGCACAGUGUGGUCUUGGACAACAGAUGAGAACUGUGCAAUGCCUCUCAUAUACUGGGCAAGCAUCUAGUGACUGUCCAGAUACUGUUCGGCCUCCUUCAAUGCAGCAGUGUGAAAGCAAAUGUGACAGUACUCCCAUUUCCAACACGGAAGGUGAGUUUGGUUUCCUCAUUCAUUCAUUCAUAAGAUUUCAUUAAAGCUUUUUCUUAAGAUAAAAACAGAGAAAGAGGAAAAAAGAUGAAAGACAAAAAUUAAAAGGACUUCCGAUUUUCUGUUUGUCAGUUCCAUAAAAGAAAUUAAUCAAAACAUUCAAUCUGAUUGUUCUACUUUCUGUUAAGCAGUUUUAAAUAGUAUUACGUGCCAGCUGUUUGCAUCUGAUAACAUUAUGCACAGUCCGUAAAUGAGCAGAAGCAAUGAUCUGGAUGAAAUAAAGUGGUGACAUCUUGUCACAAUUAACAUCUGCUUUAGGUAUUUAACUGGAGAAUGAGAGCAUUAUAGGCUAGGUAUUGGCAAACUGCCACUGAUGUUAACUUUACAUUUGUUAUUCAGAGUGAGAUACUGACAGUAUGUAUUUGAUAUAGCACAUCUCAACUUUAAAAGUAUAUGUGGUAGCUGAAUCCAGGUUUUACAAGGUCACCUAAAACAGAAUAUCUGAUGUGCUUUCACCUGUUCUUAUGCAGGCUUCAGUUUCCUUUAUAUUGUAUUUUUAAAGCAUUUCAGUAGCUGAAAUGAGUGUGGUGGUUUGAAAUUUACAUGCUCUUCAGUGGCAUUGCAUUAAAAGUACAUUUUGACCUGAUCCCAAGUGUCAGAAAGAGAUUAGCUAAUGUUUUAACUUUGUUGGAACAAGAUUUAUUUGUCUAAAAACAUCUUCUAUAGGUAAAUGUCCUUCUUCCAGAGCAGCCUGCUUUACCAAUAGGUGCAUUCAUAACACUCCACCACUAACCAGGACAGGCCAAGGGGCCUCAGACACUUUCCUUCUGCGUAUGAAUUUCCACCACUGGCUUUAACCGAGGCUAAGGACAACAUCAGCACCACAGAGUCCUCAUCUCCCUGAGUUGGAGCUUGUUUACUUAGGAGGAGCUGCCUUGUUUUGCCAUAGGCCUACCCAUUUAUUUGCAAUAGCCAUGGGUUCCAUUUCUUGGUGUGAUGGAACUGUAGGAACUGCGUUUUAUAUAUUUUGGCUGGGAUCCAAAGAGCUACUUCUGGCAUGCUCAGUCUUCAGUGUGCCCACUGGAACUUUUUAUUUUCUUCCCUUUGAAUGGCAAGCCCCUGUGCCAUAUUUCAAACAGCUUCAUUUCAAAACAGGUUUGUCAUGCGGCAUGAGUCCAAACCACCUUUGGGUAUGCAUUACUCGUGGUGUGGUUCUUUGGAUCUAAGCCAGAGUAUUUAUUUAUACAGCACAAUCAGUGCGCGUAGCACUUUUCAAAGUUAUAUGAGGGAGAGAAACAGACAGACAAACUGACUGACUGAUCCUCGCCCAGAGGAACGUAACAGUACAAAUUUUAAUAGUAGGGGAAACAACAAGCGAAGGAAAGGAGAUGCCAGUCUAAUGGGGUGUAUAUCAGCAAAUGCAGUUAUGUUUAUUUCAUUUAUAUAGUGGUACCUCUGGUUGCGAACGGGAUCUGUUCCGGAGGCCCGUUCACAACCUGAAGAGAAUGCAACCCACGUCUGCGCACACGCGGGUUGUGAUUCGCUGCUUCUGCGCACGCACGUGACGUCGUUUUGCAUGUCUGCGCACGUGCUAGCGGCGAAACCUGGAAGUAACCCUUUCCGGUACUUUCAGGUCGCUGCGAAACGCAACCUGAGAACGCGUAACCUGAAGCAAACAUAACAUGAGGUAUGACUGUAAACCGCUUCCUAUAAGGCAUCUCAAAUCAAUUUACAAUACAGUACAAUAAAGAUAUAUAUGAAACAAUUACACGCAUAAAAAUAGUUAAGUACAGUUAUAGGUAUUGAACUUCAUGGAAAAGUUUGUUCUGGGAGCAGAGGCGUAUUUAGGGGAGCACAACCGGUUCGGUCACACUGCGUGCAGAGCCUUAGGGGUACCGCAAGGGACACCACAACUUUUUAAGACCCAGCUCCCCACUUUAUAUGUGUGUGUAUGUGUGCAAACACACCGGUUGUAUAAAAUGACCACAUUUGCAUCUUGUUAAGGAAUGUAGCCUAAAUCAAUGCAAACUUGAAUGUUAAAAUUCAGUUAAAAUUCUGCCUGAACAGACCUUCAUGUAUUGUUGGGGAGUGGGAGAAGUAAAUUGUGAUUGUCCCUUCCAUAUUUAGGAAAAUUAUCACUCCAUGAACCACAGUGCAAUUAAACAGGAAAGUUGGAUUUGGGCCACACAUUCAUGACAUGACCUUUUGCAUAUUUGGAAACAAGUAUUUACAGUUCAGUGGGACUUACUCCCAAUUCCAGUGAGCAUGGGUAGGCUCUCAGCCUUGCUCCAGCAUUACUGGCUUUGAAAAUUUGAUACACUUGUCGUUGUGAGAAUCUGGAAUCAGUAUUAAUUGGACACACAUGGAGGGAUAUUUUCACAUUAAGGAUAGUUUCAGCUGAUGGAGUAGAUGUUGAAGGCUACUGUUUCAAGUAUGAACUGUUUUGGAGAAUGAACGGGGGAUCUGUGUUCUUCAUUCCCCACCCCUAUCUCCCAACAUGAUCUUCCCAAAACUUUGAUUUCAACAGUCACCCACCUAUGUCCUCAGAUUAAUUUAUCAUUGGCAGUCUGAUUGCAAUGGAUGAUGUGUAAUGGGUAGUAGAAUAAUCUUUGUCUAUUAUAUCUGUUCUACGGAGACCUUUGAUGCCUACUUAUACGGGCUGCCAAAGCCCAGAUGUAAAAUACCUUUUCUUCCCACUUGUUGACAUUUCGAUAUCUCUGCUGCAGUAGAAGCAACUAGAACAUCAAGUCAUUGAACUUACACUAUAACUGUGCUUAGUAAUUCUGAUCAUUUUCAGAGUCAGCAACAGCUGCAAUACAUAGUUUAGUUCAGAAACCAAUCAUUCCCAAACAUGAUACUAAACAACAACUUCAGUUAGAUUUUGGAUAACUUCUUAUUGAGGAACAAAAUAGAUCCUGGGGUGGGGGUGGGAAAUAAGAGAAAAUCUCUUAUUUUUUAACUAUCUCAUGUGAUUAGAUCCCUAAAUAACAAGUGGGUGUGCUUGAAGACUUCUGUACAGUGUCUGAAUUUUACAAUUAUUUUGUAUGCAGUAGGCUGUACCAAAAUGCUAAGUUCAUGCAGAGGACAGAUACAAAAGCAACUUAUUAAAUUUAAUUUGUUUUUCUCUCUGCUUUUUAAAUUUAUGUAAUCAUUUUGCCUUUGUAUGUCUCCAUCAGAAUGCAAAGAUGUGAACAAAGUGGCUUAUUGCCCACUGGUGCUGAAGUUCAAGUUCUGCAGUCGAGCAUACUUCAGACAGAUGUGCUGCAAGACCUGCCAAGGACAUUGA